CUCAACCACUUGUUGUGUAGCCGUUCCAUGCGCGUUCGGACGCACACGAACAGUUGAGCUUAGUUUGUCAGGAAGUGACUAUGUUCUUGUUAGCACGUCAGCAAAACGGACACGUCUGAGAAACGUGUAUGGAAGCAGGCGUCUUUUUGACAGCAACGAGGUAAAACUACAGUGACAGAUUGUCUCGGAGACAGGUUGGCAACAAAUCAUACUCGUUUUUCUUGACACGGAGUUUGCGGACUCAGCCCUCGGGCGCAAACCUGUGUCUGAGGAGGAAGUAGACCGUUCUUCUGUCAGAAGGACCACAGUUUUUAACUCAUGCUGGCGUACUGUGCCGCGCUGCAUGAGUAAACACGGACUUUGCCGUAAAGUUUUGGGUACUUCUGAAGACCUUAACAGGACACACAAUGCCAUAGGGUACGGAGUAGGAAGAAUGCUGUUGAUUCUCCUCGUCUUGAGUUGUUUUGCGGGGCGGGCCUAUUCGGCCUGUCCCACCGCUGGGAGUCCAGGGGCUGCAGUCAACAUCCAGGCGGGAGAAACAUGCACCCUGUCCCCUGGCAACUACAGCUUGUUGAGCCUUACCGUUUACGGUACACUGGUGUUGGAAACAACGGAACCAAGUAUUGUGAGAAUCACCGUCACCAACACCUUGGAUGUCAGAUCAACGGGACGGAUCAGUAGUGACGGGCAGGGGUACAUCCACGACUCCGGACCGGGAGCGGGGGUCGCUACUUCGGGAGGUGGCCAUGGUGGUAGAGGCGGACAUGCCAGUGGCUCCUUCCUGACGGCCGCCCAGUCCCAGGCGUACGGCAGCGCCACCGAGCCCGUCCUGCCCGGGAGCGGCGGCGGCGGUGGGCAGGGGGGAGCCGGCGGAGGAGCCGUGCACAUCACCGCCCACACAAUCAACGUCAAUGGACCUAUAUCGGCAAACGGCCAGGAUGCCACAGGUGGUAAUGGCGGCGGCGGCAGUGGAGGGUCGGUGUACCUGUCUGCAACCUCAAGGUUGAACGGGAACGCCGACAUCACGGCCACUGGAGGCCAGGGCAGAGGGACGGGAGGGGGUGGCGGCGGCGGCCGGGUCAGCAUCAGUACCCCCUCCUCUCCGUCAUAUGCUGGAGACAUCCUCACAGUUGGAGGAAACCCAGGAGAUGUUGGCUCUGCAUCUCUACCACCAAGCAGUAUGAGUGGAAGUGGAUAUUCUUCAUCUUCGAAUAACUACAACGAUGGCAACCUACAUGCUUCUGGUAACACCAACGAAUACUGGCGUCCCCGCUAUAAUGAUGUUAAUCAGUACCUACAGGCCAACUUCGAUGAUCCGAGGUACAUCUACGGUCUGGAAACCCGUGGGAGACCUUCUUCGAGCUGGUACGUUCGGACCUACGAGCUGGAGUACACCGAGGACGGGUCCAACUGGCAGUACUUCAAGGACCCAAACACAGGCAUCAAUAAAGUAUUCACAGGAAACAACGACGGAGGCACCAUUGUUGCCAACAGCCUGGAUUAUUCCAUAUUUGCUAAAAAAGUCCGCGUGAGGCCCAAAGACUGGAGUAAUUACAUCGCGCUGGCGGUCAGGUUCAUCGGAAAAACCCAAACGACAGAUGGUGACUUAGUCGGGUCCGAGUGUACAACCAACACAGGACCAGAACCGGGAGGACCCGGUACUGUAGUGCGCCUCUACAGAAACACCGGCACGAGGAACCUAGUGGUAGACAACAACAACCGUCUACCAAAGAUUGGGCUAACCGCCUCCUGUCAAAGAUACCAUAUUGAGAAAUCCGGAUCAGCAGCAUGGGUAACCGAGUCAUCUCCCAGCUCAUUCAACAGCAUUUCACUCAGCAAUGGUGGCCAUCUUGUCAUCGGGACCGAUAUCUCUGCACAGACAGUCACUGGAGAUGACACGUCAGUUCUGCAUGUCAUCCCACAGAAGACCUUCAGCCUUGGACAAACCCUGUCAGCUCGGACGUACGUGGAGUCUCAAGGGAUACUGGAUCUGCUGGACAAUCCACAGACCUCGUUCACAAAAGAUGUCACAGUUUACGGCACCAUCGGUGACUCUGCUAAUCCUGCCCUGAAGGUUCAAAACACGCUGACUGUCCAGCCAGAGGGAGACCACAUCUACAGGUUCAGAAAGUUGCGCCUCGAAAGUAACUCCAAAGUGCUGUUGCAGAAUGCCACCAACCCAGGACACUGUGGAACAAGUCUGAUGAUAACUGGCUCGGCUGUGGCCAACGAAGAACAGAUAUAUGUUGGACGCAACGCAGAGUUGUCUGUGAGCUGCACCUUGACCUUCAAUAUGACAGAGAUGAUCAUAGGAGGGAAUGGUGGCACUAUCUCGACAGAUGCUGCUGAAUGGUCACAGAUCACAACAUCUUUCACCAUCAAUAAUGAUGCAACUCUGAUAUUCGACCAUGCUGUAACAGACUUAUCUGUGCCACAGAUAAAUGUUGGAGGCACCCUGGAAUCCAGAAAUGUCCUGGACAUAAUCUGCCAAAGCUUCAAUGUCCAAACCACAGGUACUGUGACCUUGGACUCGUCCAAUGGUGGAUCAGAAGUGUCAACUCUGCGAGCGGGAGACGUAACAGUGGACGGGCGCUUCACGGCCAAUUCACUGUCAGCUACGGAAGGUUGGUCCAUUCUGACUGUACAGGAGCAUGGUGAAUUCAGCCUCCGAGCUGUGGGGACAUACCAGAUCGAUAAGCUGUUCAUUGAUGGAAAGAUGGAGGUGGCAAACAGCAUCUUCCUGAAGGGGAAGUCUGUACAGCGGGUCAGACAGCUGACAGUGGGACCAAACGCAGGAAAGCUACAUUUGGACAAAGAUGGACGAGAUGCAGGAAACUGGACAGGCAUCUCCAAGGUUGGUGUUCACAAGGUAGUUAUCCAGGGGGAGUUCCUUGCAGGACUUCUCACAGUGCAGGCCAUAGCCUCCCCUCAGAAUGGGUGGGAUGUUCUCUACAUGAAUAACUCGGGGCUGUUGGAGUUUGAUCCACACCAGGACUUCUCAGUUGAUGUGAUCGAAAUCAACGGCACCUUGAAGACUUUCAAUCCCGUCGUCAUCCAUGGACUGUCAACGAAUCAGAUUCCAAGGACUCUGAUUGGACCAUCGGGGGAAGUUCUACUGGACACAAAAGGAGGAGGGGAGAAUGACUGGCGAGACGUCCCAUCAGAAGUACAUACUGAAGAGAUGCUGAUCCUUGGAACGCUUCAUGCAGGGGCUUUAGAAAUAGGGAUUGGCUUGGAUGUUCUCGAGGUGGGCGGGACCUUCACCUUUCAGUCCUCCACGUCUGAAGUUCAGGUCAACCUGGUCACUAUCGAUGGGUCAGUCAGGAUUCUGAAUUCAGUGUUGAUUCGUGGGCGGAGCGACAUCGACGUGCAGUCCUUUGUCAUGGCAUCAGGCAGCUCUCUGACCCUGGACAGUGGUGACUAUGCAGGCACCUCUUCAGUCCAUCGUCCAUAUUCUGAAUUCUUGAUGAAGACAGCAACGGUCAACGGCACUCUGACGGGGAAAGAUCUCUCCUUCAGCAUCAACAGUCUAGACGUGGGAGGCACCAUGACAUUUGAUGCCAAUACAACUGAGGUUGACUCCUUCAUCAUAGACAAUGGUGGUCAUGUGUCUGUUGAUGAUGUCAUGACAAUGGUAGGAAAAUCCGAGAACAGAACUGAACUGGUCCAGAUUGCUGGUACAUAUGUUGGGGAACAGAUGUAUCUGUAUGCGGAGACUAUCACAGUGACCUCUACAGGUGUGCUCAAUGUUGACAAAGGUGGACACUUUGGUGGACAAGGUCCAGGAGCUGGAUCUCCAUACUCAUCUGGAGCCUCCGGUGCCAGCCAUGGUGGGCGGGGCGGCAGAGGCUAUUCCACAAAUGGGCUUUCCAGAAACCUUCCAUAUGGAGACAUCUUCAGUAAAGGUAGCCUGGGGAGUGGAGGAGGUAAUGGGAGUUCCUCACGUGGAGGAGGGCGUGGGGGAGGUCUGAUACAUGUGGAUGGGUUGAACUUCACCUUGGAUGGGAGAAUCACCACAAAUGGAGAGGAUGCAACUUACACAAAUGCAGGAGGAGGAAGUGGUGGAUCACUAUGGGUGACCUGUGACCAUUUCCAUGGUGAUGGAUUAAUCUUCAGUAAUGGUGGCAAUGGAAACAGCAAUGGUGGGGGUGGAGCCGGAGGGCGGAUAACCAUCUACUACAACACUGGGAAUUUCAAGAGUGGACACAUUGAAGCCAAAGGGGGCAGCUCGUCCAGGGAACCAGGCGGGCCAGGCAUGGCUUACAUGGAAGGGAAGAAUCCGGUCAACAAAAAUCUACGAGUCGACAACAAAUGUCAACAACCGACGGUUACCAUGCCAACUGGAGAUCGUGCAGGGGAAGAGCAGUUUGCACAAUACAUGCAAACAGGUGCCAUCGCCUACCUAUUGCCACCGGAAGAUGACUUUGAAUAUGAGUUCACAGUGAUAGAGGUAUACGGCAGUGCACACCUAACUGUCAGUGGAAACAGGACAACGAUACGUGCUACACAAGUACUUGGAGAUGACACAGGACAUGUACAUCUGCCACCAUAUCAUACCCUCCAUAUCACAGAGGUUUCCCCAUACAAGAGAGCUAACAUCACCUGGGCUCCCUACAUCUAUGAGAAUGCUACAUUGAUUCUUCCCACAGCCACCAUUGAACUGAGACAACCCUUUGAUGAGAGGCAGUACAACAGUGACAACUGUCCAACUGCAAGGCUCAGAAGCGCAGAUGUGAAGAUAUGGGGCACCUUGGACAGCUCACAGGCACAUGUAAUUGUUGGGUCAGGUGCAACUUUGACAAUGCAGCUCCCAAGUCCCAGGUAUUUGGAGAUGGUAGGACUGACUGUCCAACAUGGUGGCACCUUACAACUGAAUAGUCACUAUGGGAAGGAGGAUGACCAGUGGCUGGUGCAGGUUUACCCAGAUGACAAGGAAGGAAAGAAAAGGGAUGGUUCAGUAACACUAGAAGGUGGAGGCUUGUUGAAGGCCAGGAACCUGUACCUGGAGGCCCACACCCUGACUGUGGACUCUGCAGCCGUGCUGGAUGUUUCUGAGCAGGGUGAUAUCGAGGGACCAGGGGUGGGGUCCAGCAGAGCAGGGGCAGGAUACGGGGGGCAGGGUGGCCGAGGGUCAACCAGCAGUGCACCAACUGGUACACCCUAUGGAUCUCUGUAUCAGCCAGUGUCAUUUGGAAGUGGAGGGUCUGGUGGGAGCUCUUCUACAACUCCAGGUGGAGGAAUCCUUCAUGUGAACAUCACUAAGGUGUUGAAGGUGGAAGGAGAGAUCCGAGCCAAUGGGAAGGCAGGACAGGGGUAUGAUGGAGGAGGCAGUGGAGGCAGUAUCUGGCUUCAUACAGAUGAGUUUGAGGGGUCAGGAACUGUUAAGGCUGAUGGCGGAAAUGGUGGCACAUACGGCGGAGGAGGGGGAGGGGGGCGGAUAGCUGUGCAUUGGAGGAAGCGAGACUUCUGGUUUGGGAAGCUGCAAACAUUCGGUGGCAGUCCUUACCGAAGCUCAUCCCCAUACAGCAGUGGUGGAAGUGGUACAAUAUACAUGGAAGACUUGACACCAAAUGUUGCCAACCGAACCCUCAUUGUUGACAACAACAACCAAAACCCUCCGACAACAGAGAUAACCAACUACGAUCCUCUGUCUGAAGAAACUAGCCGCACCUGGAUUGUUCAGAACCAAACAGAACACGAGUUCGAAGAAAUUCAUGUUUUCAGAGGUGCUCAUCUGGCUCUGCACCCUGACUUUAUCAGUUUAAAGGCAUACAAAUUUGUUGGAGAUGGAACAGGAUACCUGCAUAUAUUGCCAGGCCAGUAUGUCGUUGGUCAGUUCCCUGACCACUCCCAGUUUGACCUGAAUGUCAUCGUGCACGAGGAGGGCCAUCUGAUUCUACCUCCGUCCUUCAGCUGCCGAGGGGUCACCUUCACUGUCAGGGGCUAUAUUGAUGUCCACGACAUGACAGUCGCUGAUGGGUGUAAGUUGUACCUAGCACCUUCUGGUGGAACCAGGCAGAAUAACAGCCUCUCUGAGCCAGGCACCUACAGGUUUGACUCCCUGACUGUAGCAUAUGGUGGAGAGGUCACUACUCCUGCUGAUGUCACAGAUGGAAACAAAAAUAUCACUUUCCAGAUUGGGAAACUGCACAUCCAAGGCGAUGGCCUCCUGCAUGCUGUACGCUUGGACAUCACAGCAGCAGAAGUGGUGAUUGAUGACCUUGGAAGGCUGGUAGGGGACGUGCACGAGAUGGAGUGUGUGGACGGAUCGGGCUCUGGGUCAGGACAUGGCAGCAGCGGUGCUGGACACGGUGGUAGAGGAGGGCGUGGUUCCCGCUACAGGACUACAGGCAGUGCAUUUGGCCACUUGUUUGAACCCAGAGAUGUUGGGUGCAGAGGAGGUUACUCUAACCCUGCAUAUGCUGGGAAAGGUGGAGGAGCAAUCACUCUCAAUGUAGCAGAAAAACUACAGGUGGAUGGUCUGAUCAGUGUGGAUGGAGGAGAUGCUGAGAACUAUGCAGCAGGAGGCGGCAGUGGAGGCAGUCUCUUCAUUCACACAGAGCUCAUGCGGGGUUACGGUGUUGUGUCAGCCAACGGAGGACAAGGGCACUCCUACUCUAGCAGCUAUGGAGGAGGGGGAGGUGCAGGAGGAAGAAUUGCCGUCUACUUUGCUGCAAACCGGACAUUCUCAGGAUCCUUCCAGGCCUACGGAGGACUUGGGGGGACCUCAGCAGGUGUCGGGGGACCUGGCACAAUCUUCUUCUACCAUAAAGUACACAAUCACACGACCCUGCUGCUCCACAACAACGGCAAUGGGCCCUCUGAGGAGGAGAACUCCAUUGAGGACUACCACGACCUGUCUGAGGAUGAGAGCAGGGCAUGGUUUUUGCCAUUUCAUGGGGAACAUGAACUUGCAGGUGAUCAGAACUACUACUUUGAUGAGCUGCAGAUCUAUGGGAAUGCCCACCUGGCAGUCCUGACAGAUCCCCCAGACCAGCCUGCCUCCAUCUUUUUCCAAAACAUGAUCGGAGAUCGGACUGGGGCCAUCCAUGUGGGCAGCAACCAGAGCAUGGACCUACAGAGAGAGAAGAUUGACCUACCCUUCAGUGUGCAUGUGUAUGAGGGGGGCCACAUUGGAAUGGCUCCAGACACUUUCGUUCAUGGGGUCAGCAUCAUUCUCAAUGGUGUUCUCUCCCAUGUAUCAAACUUGACCUUGCAUCAUGAAGGACAUUUCUAUCUCAACAGACAUGGCAGAACAGCAAAUGAGGAAGAAGGGCAGUAUGUGUUUGAUGUGGUCCAUGUACAAGACAAAGGGUACAUUCACAUGAUAUCAGACCCUGUCAGUGAACAUGGCAUCACGUUUGACACCAGGAUUCUGCACAUAGACGGAGGAGGUCUGGUGGAAGGGACUCACCUGUAUAUUCACUCAGAAAAUAUCACCGUCGAUGAUGGGGGAACAUUGUCCGCUGAUGGGCAGGGAUAUUCGGCUUCUGACGGGUCCAGCCUAAACCCAGAUGGCUCUUAUCGUAGGGGACUUCAUGGCAUCAUCAACAUCGGUCUGGGCUCCGUGGAGCGCUCUAACUCAGCCUCUGGAGGAGGACAUGGUGGUAGUGGUGGCCAUGGAAAAAGCACGGAACAGACCGGACAGCCAUACGGGGACAUCUACGAGCCAGACCAGUUUGGUAGUGCCGGAGGAGGGACAGACGCUGGGUCUGGUGGUGGAAGGAUCUGGUUCAAUGUCACCAACACCAUUCACAUUGACGGCCUGGUGUCUGCCAAUGGUGGUGAUGGAGAUGGGUCAAGUCCAAGUGGAGGAGGUAGUGGUGGGAGCAUCUGGAUGAACUGUCACCUCAUCAAGGGCUCUGGUGUCAUAGCAACCAAUGGUGGAGCUGGCUCAAGCCACCCUAACUACCCAGCUGGGGGAGGGGCUGGAGGUCGGAUAGCACUGUACUUCAGGGACAACACCACCUCAACAGGCUUCUCGUACCAGUCACAUGGAGGGCCUUGUGGUGAUGACACCCCUGACUCAGAGUGUGAGGGUGGGGGGCCGGGAACCAUCUUCUUGUAUCAUCUUCAUCAUGAGCAUAGAACCCUCAUUGUCGAAAACGGUGGACAUGAACCGAGAGAAAAGGCCAUCGACUGGGACAAUCUGGAGAAGGAUGGCUGCCGAGGAUGGAUCCUGCCCAACUCAGGAAGACACUACUUUGCCAGCUAUGGACACGACUACCACUUUGAGGAAUUGCAGAUGUACAAAGGCGCCCACCUUGCUGUCCUCUCACCAACACUUUCAUCAAAUGGCACACACUUCAUCCUACAUGCCUUGUAUGAUGAGAAUGUCUUCACCUCAACAGUGCCAUACAAUGUAUCCAUGUUCUUUCAAUACAUGAUUGGAGACCGGACAGGUACAGUUCACAUAGCAACUGGGCAAGAGGUGGAACUCCAUCGUCCUGAGAUUGACCUCCCCUUCAAUGUCCAUGUCUACUAUGGAGGAUAUUUGGGACUGGCACCUGUCACAGAAGUCCAUGGAGUGGAGAUUCAUCUAGCAGGUGUUCUUGCCCACAUACAGAACCUCACAAUCCACCAUGGAGGCUUCUUGUGGCUCCAACAUGGAGGAAGAACGCUACUGGAGGACUUCAGCCAUUACAGGUUCCAGUUUGUAAGGAUACAAGAUGACGGAAGGCUGAAUGCAACCACUGAUCCUAUCGUCGACCCAGGAAUUACUUUCAUGACUCGGGCCUUCUUUGUGGAAGGGGGUGGUGUCAUGCAUGGUACUCGACUCACGGUACUUGCAGAAAACAUAACGGUAGACUCGGGGGGCAGGAUUGCAGCAGACGGGCUAGGGUACCACCCUGUGCACAGCAACAACACCCACGGACACCUGUCCCUCCAUGGAGAGGUGAACCUUGGGAUUCCUGAUGAUGUCACUGGGCUAGGGUCAGGAGCAGGACAUGGAGGGAGUGGAGGAAGAGGGACUCUUAAUGAUGGUCAUGGAGCAGGGUUUGCCUACGGAGACUUGUAUGAACCAUACGUCUUCGGCAGUGCUGGAGGACACGGACUGGUCAUCAAUGGCAAGCGAGCCUAUGGUGGAACUGGUGGGGGAGUGAUCUGGAUGAAUGUGACAGGGACAAUUGACAUUGAUGGAGAGGUAACAGCAAAUGGUGGUGAUGCAGAUGGAAAUGGAGGUGGAGGUGGAAGUGGUGGCAGCAUCUGGAUGUUCUGUAACAUCAUCAAAGGAUAUGGUCAUAUUGCUGCCAAUGGAGGCCACGGCUCAAACCACUCAUCCUCACCUGGAGGGGGAGGGGGUGGUGGUCGAGUGGCCAUCUACUUUAUCAACAACCAGACAGCAACAGGAUUUAACUACCAUGCAAGAGGUGGGAGGGCAGGUGACCAAAACCUGGCUGAAAAUGGUGGUGCUGGAACGGCUUUUAUCUACCACAUGGUGCAUACUCACCGAACACUCAUCAUUGACAAUGGUGGGUUGCAACCCAAGGAUAGGUUCCACGUUAUUCCUGACUACAACGACUUAACUGCUGAUGGUUGUCGCACCUGGAUUUUACCCCAAUCAGGCCAACACUUCUUUGCCAAUGGUACCCAUGACUACCACUUUGAAGAGUUGCAAAUCUAUGGCUCUGCCCAUCUUGCUAUUCUUACGGACCCGGUUGGUCUCAAUGCAACUCUGUUCUUCCUGUACAUGAUUGGUGAUCGAUCUGGAACCGUGCAUCUUGGCCUGAACCAAGUGAUGGACCUCCAUCGCCCAGAGAUUGACUUGCCAUUCAGCACACGUGUUUACAGUGGUGCUUACCUUGGCCUUGCCCCAGUCACGAUAGUCCACAAUGUCAGCAUCUGGUUACACGGAGUGCUGGACCACGUGGAACAUCUUACACUGCAUCACAAUGGCCUCAUGUCUCUGGAACAUGGAGGGAGGACAGAGGGCAUGGCAGCAAGCAACUACAACUUUGAUGUUGUCCUUGUACAAGACAAUGCCACAAUUAAUGCCGUUACAUCAACAACAGAGGAGCCAGGAAUCACGUUUUACACCAAUGCCACCGUCAUUGAAGGUGGUGGGAGAUUCCACGGCACACGUCUCAGGAUUUAUGCAGAAAACAUAACAAUAGACGAUGGUGGACUUCUUGAUGCAGAUGGCACUGGAUUUGCAUACUCCGAUGAUUACAACGAGACUGCAGAGAUCAAUAUUGGCAUUGGGCAGACCAGCUCACAGGGUUCUUCAGGAGGCUGUCAUGGUGGGACCAGUGGCCGUGGUGUCGGCACACCCGUCACUGGGACUCCAUAUGGGCACCUCUAUGAACCAUUCCUAUUUGGCAGUGCUGGUGGUGGUGGUGAAGGAGCAGGAGGACGUGGCGGAGGAGCAAUUUGGUUCAAUGUCACGGGUGUGAUCCAGAUCGACGGUGAGGUCAGAGCUGAUGGCGAGGAUGCCCAGGAUCGCCAUGGUGGAGGAGGCAGUGGAGGAAGCAUUUGGAUGAACUGCUACAUCUUUCGUGGGCGUGGCAACAUCACAGCCAAUGGAGGGGCCCAGUACCAUGACCAGGGAACAGGUGGUGGAGGGUCUGGUGGUAGAAUCUCUGUGUAUUUCCAUGAGAAUGUAACCUACAUUGGAGCUUAUCAGGCAUUUGGGGGUUAUGCAGAGUACAAGGCCAGCCUUACAGCUGAGCAACAGGGAGAAGCUGGUGGACCAGGGACAGUAUUUUUGUACCAGCUGCAUCACGAACAUCGCACACUGCUGAUUGACAACAACAACCUAAGGAGUAAGAAUGUCGGCCCUAUUGCCAACUAUUCCGACCUCUCUCAGGAUUCGUUCAAAGCUUGGAUCCUUCCCCAGGCUGGCGAGCACUUCUUUGCUGCAGGGAACCACGACUAUCAUUUUGAGGAGCUACAGAUAUAUGGCAACUCACACCUAGCCAUACUAACUGACCCUGUGGAUAGGGGAGCAACCCUCCACUUUCUCCACAUGAUUGGAGACAGGACUGGAAGCAUCCAUGUUGGGCCAAAUCAAGUCAUGGAUCUGGAACGACAUUUCAUUGACACACCCUUCAACUCCUAUGUUUACCAGACAGGAUAUCUAGGACUUGCCCCUGAUACUGAAUUGAACUCUGUAUUUGUCCAUAUUGAAGGGACCAUGGACCAUGUUCAUGACUUAGUUCUAAUCAAUGGGGGUGAGCUGAGGUUGUUCCUAACAGGUUCCACGAAUCAGAUGUCUAGGCUCAACUACCGCUUCAAUGGCACCGUUACAGUCAAGGCCAGGUCUGCUAUCAAUGCCAGCAGCCCCUUUGCUCAUCCUGAGCAGUACAGCUUGACUACAGGGAAGUUGAUUGUUGAAGGAGGUGGAACUGUGUACAGUAAGAACAUGAAGAUCCUGGCAGAAGAGAUGGAAGUGGAUGAUGGAGGAGUGGUGGAUGCUAGUGACGGAGGAUACCUAUCUGAACUUGGUCCAGCCCCAGGAACCCAUCAUCGUCUUGGGAACAGUGGUGGUAGCCACGGUGGCAUGGGAGGACGUGGAGGAUGUGGAGGGUACAAGACGUGUAGGCUCAGGAGGAACCUGCCGUACGGCAACCUCUUCUACCCAGCAGAGUUCGGCAGUGGUGGAGCAGGACCCAGAGGAGGCAUUGGUGGAGGAAUUCUUAAUAUAGAAGUGAAGGGGACCCUGAGAGUUGAUGGAGACAUCACAGCAAACAGCAGAGACUUGGUCUCCUCUUCAAGUCUGAGUGGUGCCAGUGGAGGCAGUGGUGGUAGCAUUGUCAUCUCUACUGGUGCACUCACAGGUGGACAUACUGGACACAUCCAAGCCCUGGGUGGUGCAGGGGACCCUUCAAACGGUGGAAGUGGUGCAGGUGGACGCAUGGCUGUCUACUUCUCCAACAACAUGACACAAGCAUUUUAUGCGGGAACCUUUGAUGUCAACGGCGGAGUCGUUGGAGCUCUAGCUGAGUCUGGAGCCUCUGGUACUGUUUUUCUGCAGAACAUUGAGUCGGGAAACGCGACUCUACGUGUGGAUAACAAAGGAAGAGCAUCAACCAAUCACGAGAUCGCCAACAUAGGGGAACGUUUAGAUUUGGCACCAGAGACAAUGAGCAGAGUGCAAAGUUACACCUCACGUGGUGGGGUGUCCAUUACAUCAACUGCAAACUACUACCGGUGUUGUCAUCCUCACUAUAACCACCUGGACUAUUACUGGCUGCCAUACAUGUUUGAUCAAACUUUCCAUACUGAUCAAACACAGUACUUCCUGGCCGACAGCAGGUCUGUGGUUUUGACCUUUGGCCUCAACAAUGUCUACUUCGUCAACACCAUUCGGGUCUUCAUCAACUGUGCAUGUCAGAGUAAAUUUAAGGUUGAAACAGUGAACAACACCAUAACAACUGCUGUGACCAGUGACUAUGUACUCCCCAGCAGCACGUGUCACCAGGGCUCGUUUGUAAAUCUGCCUGUCAGACGUGAGGCUCAAACUGUACGAAUGUACGUCGAGGGGACAUCUACCUGCCAUGGCAGCUAUCUUGCUUCUCUGUCAGAAGUGGAAAUUUAUGUCAAUGGCCAGAACUUACAUGACAGGUACCGCCACAGAGAACUGGACAGUGCAAAGACAUGGAUUGAGCCAGAGUCUGGGACCAGCCAGUACAUCUUUGACCAGUUACAUCUGUUGGGAGAUGCAGAGCUGGCUGUGAUGCCUGGGAAUGGUCUCACCACUCCAGUUAACAUGCAGAUCAAUCAACUACAUGGGGACAAGACUGGCUGGCUACAUGUUGGAUACGGGCAGGACUUUGCUGUUGAUGUGACAGAUCCUGACGUGCCAGUGAACAGUUACAUCUAUGAGAAGGGAGAACUAGAGUACCCGAGCAGAGCCUUCUUUUACCAGACAGAGCUUAGAACUUCAGGCAAGCUCCUAGGCAUAGAUGACCUGUAUGUAUUUGAUGGUGGGUUGGUCUACAUUGACACCAAUGGCAGCAUCGGUGAAAACAACACUGCUGGGCGUAUUAGCCUGUCUUCCCUACAUGUUCAAGACGGUGGAACGUUCCAAAUGUUCUCAUAUGACAAGCAUGUUGGCAUGGACAUCCGACUGACCAAUCUAACGGUAUAUGGAGGCGGUCAUCUCUCGUCAAAUGAUAGGUUUGAUGUGACAGCGGGACAUCUUGUGGCCAUCUACUCCGGUGGGAAGCUCAAUCUUGACCAUGGGGGCUAUGUCACCAAAGAGACCAGAGGAUCUGGUUUUGAACCUUCAGAAGGACCUGGUCAGGGUUAUGGAAACUCUGUUGGAGGAAGUGGAGGUGGCCAUGGUGGCAGCGGAGGUCGCGGGAAAGGUCAACCCAAUGUUGGCCUUGCCUAUGGGUCCAUCUACCAACCUGUAGACUAUGGAAGUACUGGAGGAUAUGGCAGCAACUAUGGACAAUUGUACUAUGGAGACAAUGAGCAUGGCAAUGCUGUUGUGAGGAGAGGACUUGGUGGGCGAGGUGGAGGGGCACUGAAGAUAACCACCAGACACUGCCUCAUUGAUGGCAGGAUCACUGCAAAUGGGGAAAGCAUUGAUGGUGUUCAUAACAGCCAGGCUGGUGGUGGCUCAGGUGGAAGCAUCUGGUUAGAGUGUGAGGAACUGGAUGGAUAUGGAGCCAUCUCUGCCAAUGGUGGAACUGGUCAUGGCUCUGGUGGAGCAGGCGGUGCAGGCGGACGUGUGGCCAUCUACUCCCAGAAACAACGCAAGUUUAAUGGCACAGUCACAGCGUACGGGGGGAACAGCAACUAUGAAGUUGGUGGUUCUGGCACCAUCUACAUUGAACAUCAGAAUGCCUUGCUAGAAGCCCAACACAAGACCCUGAAGAUCGACAACAAUGGCAUCCCUUACCCCCACGCAGCAACGUACCAACAUGGUGACCUUCGUGACCUGUUAGAUGGGUCAUAUGAUGACAUCAGCCAAUCAGGAGGCAUCACCUGGCUUUACCAUAAUUCACACAGCUAUUUCUUUGAUGAGCUACACAUACAAGGUAAUGCCCAUGUGGCCAUCCUGAGCAACACCAGUACAGAUGUGGUGGAAGUGCAGGGAGGCAGGUUGCUGGGAGACCGUACAGGUGUGAUGCAUGUUGGGAAGAACCAGACUUUUGGAUUCGAUGAUGUUGACAUCUAUCUACCAGUGAACACACAGCUGUACAGGUUUGGCCAUCUCGAGUUAUCUCAGCGACUCUCCAUGCGUGAAGUUUGGAUGGAAGUCAAUGGCACCAUUGCCAACAUUGAUGACUUAAUCGUUGAGUCAGGUGGAGAGCUUCAUUUGUGGUCUUAUGGCAACACGAGAGGAAAACCCAGUGGUUCGUAUGAGUGUGCCAACAUUAGUAUCCGAGCUGAUGGGAAAAUGGAGAUGCUCACUGUGAAAAACGACAGCCGAAUGGAUGUCGCUGUAACAACACUCGUGGUUAAUGCAGGAGGCUAUGUCAGGACAAAUGAUCUCAAACUCACCGCUGUGAAUGCAACCAUUGAUGUGGCAGGUGAGUUCCAUGCGGAUAUGUCAGGCCAUUCCGCAGACGAAGGCCCAGGAGCAGGGAGACAUGAAGCUUAUGGGGGAUCACGACAGGGAUCUGGUGGUGGCCAUGGAGGUCGUGGUGGUCGCUCUUAUCGUGGGAUAUACUCAGGGUUUGCCUAUGACUCCAUGUAUUCACCACAUCUCCCAGGCAGUGGAGGAGGGCAUGGAGACAGCAGUGAUGCAGGAGGCCGUGGAGGAGGAGUGGUGCACAUGGAUGUCUUGGACACUUUCCGUGUGGAAGGUCGUCUCCAUGCCAACGGAGAGUCUGUGCCUGGGUCAGGAGGAGGAGGGGCAGGAGGCAGCAUCCUCCUAACUGUGGGACACCUGGAUGGGACCGGCUCUGUGGAAGUAACGGGUGGUUCUGCAGGUCCUGUUACGGGAUAUGGUGGUGCUGGAUCGGGAGGACGUAUUGCUGUUUACUACAGGAACAACUACACCUUUGAUGGGGAGUACAAGGUACAUGGCGGUCAGGACAAAGCUGGACAUGCCGGCAGUGGCACUGUUUACAUUGAGGGUAUCGACCAUCACAACCUUACCCAUCGAAUACUGCGAGUUGACAACAAUCAAGAGUCAUCCCCUGAGCCACGUGUCCAAGAAGUACAGCAGAUCUCUCUAGCAGGACCAACUGGACACAACGAGUUUGUGUCUUAUAGUGGAGUGACUGUCCAAACAACAGGUCCUGCAUACCAUACUGGCAGUUAUCCUAAUGAUUAUUGGUACUCCUUGUCCAGGAUCCGAGCCCCCUCCUCUAGCUCCUACUACAGAAGCACAACAAGGAACCCCACCAUCACAUUCACCCUACCAUUUACCUUGUACAUCGACCAUCUCAGGAUAUUCCCAAUGUGCACAGACAGCCUUACAACUGCCUUCAAAGUGGAGAGUGAAUACCAAGGACAGAUCUAUAACGACACAGACGGUUACAUUGAAACUCUUGGCUGUGGGACACAGCAGGAGGUUGACCAGUACGCUGUUGUGCAGUUGGGAAGGAAUGUUGAAAAGAUCUAUGUAAAGCUAGCUGCCCGUGGCUCAUCUGGUGAUGCCACCAUGGAUGCCAUUCAGCUGUUUGCACGGGAAAAUCCAAAUGUUGCCUCUCAGCUCCCAUUCACCUCAGCACCUGGCAGCGCCUGGGUUGUUGCAGAAGAAGAACCAUCACGCCAUUUUGAAUUUGAUGAGAUCCAGGUGCAUGGUGGUGGUGGACUUAGCUUGGAAGGAGAAGGCAGCAGGUUGUCUGUGGACAGAGUGACAGGUGACUACUCCGGCCUGGUGACCAUGCGGGAAGGCCAGAUGUUCCACAAUAGGUUUUCUAGGGACAUCCUGCCAUUCUCAUUGGUCGUGCAUCGUGGAGCAAACAUCACACUUCCACCACGUACAGAGUGCAAAGAUGUGGACAUCUAUAUCCGAGGCCACUUUGACACCAUACAAAAUCUGACAGUUGGAUCAGGAUGCAAGUUUGUACUUGAUCACCUGGAGCCUACAACAACAGAGCUGGAUCAUGUGGUGGUCAAAACCUUUGGAGAAAUGGAGGUUGUGACUCAAAAUGAAGUAACCACGACUUUGACUGGACAGACAUUUUCUGUUCGCAGUGGAGGAAUGGUGCGGUCAAAUGACCUGGAACUGCACUACAUCAAUGUCACAAUUGAAUCUUCUGCUCAUCUAACUGUGGAUGAAGGUGUAUCAAGACAGGAGUCCUCAGGUGAUGGUACAGGCGUUGGGAGUCCGUCAGGUUCAUCUGGAGCAGGGCAUGGUGGAAAUGGUGGUCAGGGUAAUUCCCAGUCCAUGGUUGGUGUCACCCAUGGGUCCUUCCUCGUCCCAAACACAUUUGGCAGGGAUGGGGGGCACAAUGUCUUCCCUCAUCUUGGUGGGAGAGGUGGAGGGAGAAUGUUUAUGAACAUCUCCAAUGCCCUUGUUGUGGAUGGUUUCCUGACUGCCAAGGGUGGAAGGUGGGGCUCCGUGGCAGCUGGAGGUGGGAGUGGAGGGAGUAUCUGGAUGGAGACCCACAUCUUUGAUGGAGACGGAGUGGUGGAUGUGUCAGGAGGAGACGGGUACACGGGCCAGGUGUCCACUGCAGGAGGAGGGGGAGCAGGAGGACGAGCAGCAGUGUACUACAAACACAACCACUUCAUAGGCCAGUUCCUUGCUACCGGUGGGGAUGGCCAUGAACCAGGUGGUCCUGGUACAGUGUACCUCCAUCGCCUGCAACCUGACAACCAGACACAGCUGUUGGAUGCCACUAGUGAGGAAGCACAAGUCACUCAUGAUUCCAAUGUCACCCAACCACUCACAAACCGGACACUCUACAUCAACAACUUGGGAAAGACACCAAGGGAUCCUCAGAGAAACUUGUCCUCCCUCUACACCAGUUAUGCUUCCACAUCCACAAUCGCAUGGAUCCUACCAGAAGAACUGUCAAAGAUAGCUGACAGAAACAUACCAACCCAUUACUUCUUGGAGGAUGUCAUUAUUGAUGAGCUUCAUCUCUAUGGCGGGGCACAUCUUGGGUUUUUAUGGCCGUUCAGCCCAAAGGAACAUCUCCAGAUCAGACUUGGCUCUCUGCAUGGGGACCGCAGUGGGAAAAUGCACAUUGGCUUUAACCAGACAUUGUAUGCUGCCAAUGCUCAUCUCCCCAUGGACCUGACCAUCUAUCCGGGAGGCCUGGCGACAACACACGGAGAGCUACGGGCUGCAGGUGUCACCGUGGACGUGCAGGGUGUGGUGGCCAACUGUGAAAACAUCACAGUAGUAGAUGGAGGAAUCAUAAAAAUGCAUGAGAUGAUUGAUCUUGAUGGACAGCCAACUGAGACUUUCAACUUCAAUGCCAUCAAAAUUCGUAACCAUGGAACCUUGCAGACAUCAAAUGGACAGAACAGGCGUGUCAUGAAAGGAACAUUUGUACAGGUGCAUGGAGGUGGAGUUAUCACAUCAACUAACCUGCAUCUACUUGCUGAUGUCAUCAUUGUUGAUGUCAAAGGUUCCAUCAAUGUGGACGGAAGUGGACAUUCAGCUGGAGUUGGCCCAGGUGCAGGCCUUACACAUGCCAACCGUGGAACAGGUGGUAGCCAUGGAGGGAGCGGUGGAGCAGCAUCUGCCUCCCAGGAGACAGGACCUGCCUAUGGCUCCUUCCUCCUCCCCCAGGAGUUUGGCAGCGGUGGAGGGAACAGUGGAGGUGCCGGUGGGGGCAGUCUGUUUGUCAACGUCUCAGACUUUGUUCGUAUUGAAGGCGUCUUAAGUGCAAAUGGACAGGACUCGGCAGGCGAAUACGGAGGAGGAGGCAGUGGAGGAAGUCUUCAGCUCACGACAAGGAAACUGGAAGGGUCUGGGAAGAUUCAGGUGAAUGGAGGCAGUGGUUAUGGAGGCGGAGGUGGUGGAAGGAUGGCUCUAUACUUUGAACUGAUGGACUUUGAUGGAAGCCUGGAAUCCUCUGGAGGGGAGGGGCAGGCUGAGCAUGGUGCAUCCGGGACAGUUUUCUUCAAACAACAGCAUUCAGUGGAGAAAACUACCCUGAAGAUAUACAAUGGCUAUAACCAACCAUCCCGGAGAACAUGGGUUCCUCUCCCUGAAGACCAAGCUGAAGAUCAUGUCCUCGAUGUCCUGGACAUUGGAGGUUAUGCACAUGUCGGCCUGCUGUCUGUGGAUGAGGGCGGUCUGCCGGUCAGCGACAGUAGGACGUUACAUGUUAGAGACCUGGCGGGUGACCACACAGGGACUGUCCAUGUUGACCAUGGGGAAGCCAUCAACACCAGCUUGAAUGCAACUCACAAGAUUCCCUUUAAUGUCAAUGUCUAUCAGAAUGGUACCAUGGGACUUCCCCACAACACCUACCUACAGGACACCACACUUACUCUGUAUGGAGGAAAACUCCAGGGUGUGGAGACGCUCGACAUAUCAUUGGAUGGAAAACUUGACAUCAAGGCUGCAUCAAUGGUAAAUACAGAAACACCUGGCACCCUAUUGAUGAACAGCAUCACAGUCCUGAAUGGAGGAGUCCUUUCUUACUUGGAAGGUCCAGAGGAUGAGGCUGGGCUGACACUACAACUCGAUGGUAGUUUCACAGUAAGGGGAGGAGCAGAGGUGACUGCCAACAAACUGUACAUCAAAGCUGUGGACAUCAGUGUGGAUGGUGAAGGUAAGGUGGAUGCAUCAGGACAUGGCUGGCCAGUGUCUCAGGGUCCUGGGGCAGGGCUGGGGACUUCCUAUGGGUCAGGUGCCUCUCACGGUGGUGGAGGUGGGCAAGGACAGAACAUGGCCUACUCUGCACCCGCCUAUGGAAAUGUGCUUGAACCUGUAGACUAUGGAAGUGGUGGCAGCAGAACUAGUGGACACACAGAGCACGAGGGAAGUGGAGGAGGUGUUCUUCAGUUUGAAGCUGAAAAUCACUUCCUGCUGGAUGGAGAACUCCUAGCUGAUGGCACAUCUGCAACAGUAACUGGGAAUGGAGGAGGAAGUGGUGGGAGUAUCUGGAUCACAACGAGGCAUUUGUCUGGGAGAGGACGUGUGUCUGUAAAUGGAGGAGAUUCACCAUGUGUAGCUCACUGCAACCGCUGCAUUGAGGGACGUUGUUUGCAGUGCAGGGAUCAGUACUACUGGAAACCAUAUGACUGUGUCCGACGUUGUGAUGAUUCAAAUAAUGCAGUUCCAAGCUAUGGCACUGUUCACCAUUAUGUCGGAAGAUAUUGCAGAAAUGAGAAACAGUCAGGGACACCAGCUGUUGGUGGUGGAGGUGCUGGUGGCCGUGUUGCCAUCUACAUCAAUGUCAGUGACACCUUCCGUGGCCAGCUGCAGGCUUUAGGAGGGGCGAGUGAUGCUGAAAGGGGAGGCCCAGGAACAGUCUUCACCUCUAACCCAUCACCUAACACCACAUUGCCCCAAACAACACUUCUUGUAGACAAUGGAGGGUACAAACCAAAGACAACCUGGCAAACUAGCAGCAACCAAGACAGCGGACGUGCCUACAUCACAACUCAGCAAUCUAACGUAAUGUUGCAGUACAAGUUCGAUCAUGUACAUAUAUCAGGAGGUGGACAUUUGGCUUUCCACAAGGAUGAUACCAUUCCUCAGGAUAUUCCUAUCCCCAUCGACCAUCUCCAUGGUGAUGGAUCUGGCAUACUCCAUACAUCACCUGACCACCAUCUGUACAUUGCUGACUCCAACUCUCCCUUCCCAGUAGGCUUCAGGAGCUAUGAAAACUCAUAUAUCAGCCUUCCAAAAGCUGUAUACCUUGCUGACAUGGACAGCCCUGAUGUCCAUCUGGAUGGCACCCUUGAUGGUUUGGAAGACUUAACCAUUGGCAGUGGUAUCACCUUGACAGUUGGGGGUUUGGGUGGAACAUCUGGGGUACCACCAAAGACACUGCUACUGAAGUCUCUACAGGUUUUCACAGAUGGACAGCUGGUGUCAUAUUACCCUGGUGGCUCAAAGCGUGGACAAGAACCAUCUCUGUCCCUUCAGAUCACUGAUGGGAUCCACCUUCAUGCUGGAGGUGCCAUCAAGGGAAACUGGGUACACAUGAGUGCUGAGAGCAUCUUAGUAGACAAAGCAGCAGAGGUGGACACCAGCGGAGUUGGAAGUAACCCAGAGGGAGAGGGCAUCCCUGCUGCACAAGGAGCUUCCGGUGGUGGUCAUGGUGGAAGUGGAGGCCAAGGCUUACACAGUCAUGACUACAGCAUUGUUGGACCACCAUACGGCUCUCUGUAUGAACCACAAGACUUCGGCAGCCCUGGAGGGGUCAGUGGACUUACCUCAUCUUCACCAGGUCAAGGUGGAGGGGUCAUCACCAUGGUAGCAACACGACUGGUUGAGAUUGAUGGAACCCUUCAUGCAGACGGAACAGAGCCGAUGUACAACCUGAAUGGCGGUGGAAGUGGUGGGAGUGUCCACAUCAACACAGCUACAUUCAAAGGGACUGGCUUGGUGAGCGCAAAUGGUGGGUCCUCCCCAUCUGGAGGUGGAGGAGGAGGUGGCAGAGUUGCCAUUCAUUCUGCCAAUGACACCUUCAGCGGUGUGAUACAAGCGUUUGGGGGAAGGAGCGGCUAUGAAGUUGGUGGUGCAGGGACUAUUCUCUUGAGGGACACAGACGAUGGUCAGGACACUAUCAUUGUGGACAAUGAAAACAGAGGACAGCCACGUCGCCCGCAGAUUGACUUCUCAGUCCUGGACGAUCAGCAACACAAAGGGGAAGACAGUGCAAGAACAUGGCUUGUGCCUUAUGAAGACCAAAGGUCCUUUAUCUUCAAGGAGGUGUCAAUCAGAAGGGGUGCCCACCUCUCCCUCUUCAACCACACUGAUGGGACUCAGUACAAUGUAAGAGUAGCUAAAACAUCAGGAGACAAGACUGGCAUGAUGCAUGUUGGACCAUCACAGAUUCUCCAUGUGAGUCAGCCAGCAGAGAGCCCAGACCUGACAUGGAGUGUGCUGGUGUACCCUGGCGGACAGCUGGAGAUGUCUGAACAUCUAGAGGUCAGAGACGUCACACUGACCUUGGCAGGUGACCUCCUGGGAGCACAGGACUUUACCAUUGGGCAUGGAGGGAAACUCAUUCUCAGACCCCCAACGAAUGCUUCAUGGGACAGCACACGCUACAUUAGGUUCCGGACAUUGACCAUUGAGGGUGGUGGUGAGCUGUCAGUGGAGAGCGAUGAGACAGGACUGUUUCUUAACGGCCAAACACUACAUGUGCACAGUGGAGGUUUGGUGACUGCUGACAAAUUGUCUGUGACGGCUUCAAGCAUUAUUGUGGAACAAGCAGCUACAAUAGACCUCAGUGGCCAGGCACCCAUUGCUGGACAUAUGGCAGGAAGAGGCACCAAUGGAGCUGGUGCAGGGCAUGGUGGUAAUGGUGGGCGCAGCAGGUCCCAGCCAGGAGCAGGCCGCUUUUACGGAGACCUCAGUGAACCAGACACAUUUGGCAGCCCUGCAACUCUGAAUGGUGUCGUGCAUGCUGCAGGUGGUGGAUCUGUUUCACUAACUGCAUCCAAUGUGCUUCGUCUGGAUGGCACAAUCCGGGGGAAUGGUGCAGAUGGUACUGGAGGCAGCGGUGGUGCAAGUGCUGGAAGUGUUCUCAUCAGGACAGGCACCUUUGAAGGAACAGGCAACAUAGAAUGUUCAGGGGGACAAGGAAGUGGAAGUGAUGCUGGUGGUGGAAGCGGAGGUCGUGUGGCUGUUCACUACACAAGCAGCACCUUCCAAGGAAACAUCAUGGCGUACGGUGAUAGAACAGGUGAUGUGAGCAGCUUACCCAUGCUUAACGUAGGCCCAGGCCAGAAGAUUACCAUCCAGCGCACUGAUUACUACCUGCCAGUCAACUUCAAGGUUCACGAAAAUGGGGAACUUUCAAUGCCCAGCAGUAUCAUGUUACACAAGGGUCGCAACAUCGUAGAUGGUACACUAUCCGGUAUCAAAGAGCUUACUGUUGCUGACAGCAUUCUCACGUUUGGGGAAGGGGCUGAGACCACUACCUCAGAUCAGGACCACCCCAUCCUGGACUUCACUACGAGCCUCACCAUUGGUGCAAACGCUGUUGUGCACAUGACAGGAACAGGAAACCUUUAUGAGUUAAAAGCAAAGACUCUGACUGUAAAGUCAAGAGGAAGGCUGGUGGCAAAAAUGUUACAGGUCAAUGCAGAGCAGGUCACUGUUGCAGAGGCAGGACACUUGGAUCUAGACUACACUGGAUAUAUGCCAGGGUCUGGACCUGGACACGGUACUUCUUACAACAACAUUGGUGGCGGUGCAGGCCAUGCUGGACUAGGAGGGCAGGGAUCGUACUCAAAUGCACAUGGUGGACAGCACUAUGACUCCUUCAAGUCUCCGAAUGUGAUGGGGUCUGGGGGUGGUGGACAACAGUCUGGUGGUGCCUCAGGAGGAGGGGCUUUGCACAUCAUUGCAAGUGCAAGGGUUGAGAACUAUGGGCUCAUCAGUGCUAGAGGAAAGUAUGCGCAAAGUUCUAAUUGUGGUGGCGGAUCAGGCGGCAGCAUCUGGGUGGAAUCCCCUGUAUUAAUAGCCACUGGCACAUUCAAUGUCAGUGGUGGCCAUGGCUUUUCCAGUGGAGGUGGUGGGGGAGGGGGAUAUAUUUCCCUACAUGUGAACCUUGGAGAGAGUAAGCUUGCAAGAGCCUCUCUGGUCAGCCGUGGAGGCCUUGGUCACAACAAUGGAGGACCUGGGAUUGUUUACAUCAAGGACACCACAAGUAGCAGCAACUAUGACAAGGUCAUUGUCAAUGCUGAACACCUCACAAGCACAGCAGCCAUCUUGGACCCAGGUGUCGCGGCACGAAGCCUGGCAACUCUACAGGAGCUGGAGCUACUCGGAGGUGCAGAGCUGAUGUUUCCAUCUCAAACAGACUCUCCUAUUCCACUUACUGUCAUCAUAAACAGCUUGCAAGGUGACAAGAGUUCCACACUAAGGAUAGGAGAUAAACAAGAGGUACACAUCAUGGAGUCAAGCCACAUCGAUGAACUUGACCUGCCUGCAAGUAUUGAAAUCAGCCAAGGUGGAGUGCUUUACACACGUCCUAAAAUCCUGCUAUGGCAGGGGGUGACCCUUGACCUCUGUGGAAGAAUACAAGGCAUAAGUGAGGUGACAGUCAGGUCAGGGGGGAGUUUCCUCCUGUCAUAUCCUGGGUACACAGGUGGUGCAAGUCCCGGCACUGUUAGCUUGGAAGCUUUGAAGGUGUAUGAAGGUGGACGUGUGACAAGAUCCACAAAGUGCCAGAACCCCACCAAUGUACCAAUGGAGCUACAGCUUACCAGUCUGCAUGAAAUGCAUGGCUCCCACUUCAUCAGCAAUGCAUUCUCUCCACUAAACGUGGGGACACAUCAUAGAGAGGAGGAUGUAGGAGACCUUCCUGAUGUCAUGUGUCCACAUGGCACCAACUUCAACUUGAUGACAGGGCAGUCGUGCACCUUACCACAGGGAACAGUAACAUACCAGUCCCUCACCAUCAGUGGUGGAGCGGUGAUGACUGUGUCUGGUGAUCCCACAGGACUGAGCACCUCCCACCUCAUAGUUAAUGGAGAUCUCAUCAUCAAUCCAGGAGGCUCCAUGAUUGCAGAAGCAAUCAUAAAUGCCACUACGGGAUCAGCCGUAACCCAUGGCGGAACACAUGGAGGUCAGGGUGGAGGCUCUAAUGAUGCCGUCCAUGGCAGCAUCAUUUCUCCUGAGGACUAUGGAACAGCUGGAAAAGGAGACAGUGGAGGGCAAGGUGGUGGACAGAUAAAAAUCACUGUCAAUGGGAACUUCAUCAACAAUGGGAUAGUUGAAGCUGAUGGAGGUGAUCACACCAUGAGUAGUGGAGGAGGAGGCAGUGGGGGCAGCAUCUUCAUCACAGCAGCCCAGUUCAGUGGGUAUGGCAGCAUAUCAGCCAAUGGUGGACAAGGAUGGACAUCCCUAGGAUCAGGAGGAGGAGGAGGAGGUCGUAUAGCUGUGCAUGUCAGUGAAUCAAAGUACAAGGGGACAUUCAGCACUGCUGGUGGGGAUGGAAAUAUUCCUGGUGGAUCAGGUACAGUAUUUAUAAGAGAUGCCAGAAAUGACACUCUUAUCAUUGACGGCGGUGCUGACACCAACAGUCUUCCAACCCCAACAACUUCAGAGUUGGCAACAGUUGAUGAGGUACAAGUGAUAAGACAUGGGACCUUAGGAAUUACAAGCAACCUUCAUAUUUCAAAGCUGACUGGAGAUGGUACGGGGAAAAUUGUGGUUUCCAGUGCAUCAACCACCAACAUUGCUGACUUUGCCAAUGCAGAGCUGGGAACUCAAUGUGCAUUUAGAGUUGAGGCAGGAGGAAAUGUAGAGAUAACCAAGUCUGUAGCAUUCACAGGAGAGCAACAGCCACUGCUGGACAUUGCAGGUGUGCUCACAAUAAGUAGUACCAUCAUUCAUGCCAAUGAGUUGAUUCUUCACCCAAACAGCCAUCUAGUGACGUCAGAGCUGCACCUCUUGCAGUCAUCAUCUGCCAUGUUUGACAACAGAGCCAAGGUCAGUCCUCAAGGUCAAGCUUUGGGACCAGGUGUACUUCAUGUCAACAGGCUGUCACUUGGUGUAGAUGCCACGUUGGAUUUACGUCACUCUGAGUCCAAUGUUACAGUACAGUCAACACAGUUACAUCUGCAUGCUGGCAGCAGGCUUAAGUCAUCUGCAUCUGAAACAGCUGUUUAUAUUGAAGCUGGCAGUGUUGAGAUGGAAACUGGAUCUUCCAUAGAGGUAGUGGGCACAGGUUAUGAAAUAGGGCCUGGUUAUUCCUGCUUUAUCAAUGCCAGCAUUUGUCAAUCAGGAGCAAACCAUGGAGGCACAGGAGGAAAUGCUGCAGUCAGCAGUCAAGUAUAUGGGUCUGUCUCAUCUCCGUCAAGCUUUGGCAGUGGAACUGGAGCAGAUGUUCAUGGUGGUGGUGUCUUGAAACUGGUGGCGACUGAUUUUUUGAAACUGGAAGGUUUGAUCAGUGCCAAUGGGAUGGAUACAGCUUUUAAAGAUGGCUACUACUUUGGUGGAGGAAGUGGGGGUAGCAUAUGGAUCACUACAGCAAUUUUCCAAGGGCAUGGACUUAUAACUUCAGAUGGUGGAGCAGGCAAUGUGGGAUACUCAGGUGGUGGCAGCGGUGGCAGAGUUGCUAUCCACGCAGGAAAAAUUGACAAGUUCACUGGAAAAGUGUCAUCAUUUGGUGGGGCUGGCAAGAGCAAUGGAGCUGCUGGAACCAUCUUCUUCAGAAGUGUCAGUGGUGGACGUCAGCAUGACACAGUGGUAGUGGACAAUGACAAUCAACCCUCAGAGGAAAGCACCUUUAUCUCAUCACUGUCAAGUGCAACAGCAGCCAUUGACAACCUCCAUGUAAAGAAAAUGGGCAAAGUGGAAUUUCUAACCACUGGUGGAGACACAGAUGUUACCAUCCAUAACCUCUUGGGUGACUUCUCUGGUACAGUCACUGUCCUAACCAACCAAACCCUUGCCAUUGGACAAAACAGUGGUACCAAUCAAUUCAUGACCACAGCUUCUCUUGUUGUCCAAGAUGGAGGAAAGCUAAUACUUCCACAAAGAGUUCUAUUCAGCAAGUCAACAACUGGUCAGCAAUCUUUGACUCUCAGAGGAACUCUUCAGGGACUUCAGGAAAUAACUGUUGGAGAGGGGGCUUCAGUGCUAUUUGACUCCACUGCAAGGACAGCUUUUGGAGAAAACGUGGAGGAUGAUAUAGGCUCAUUCACCUUUAGCUCUGUUGAAGUAAUGCAAAGGGGGCGGUUUGAUCUGACCACCUUCUUCCAGGAGUCUAUACAGCUCACCACUCUCACGGCAUUGAAUGUUCGGUAUGGUGGUACUAUCACCGGCCGUUGGCUUGUUGUUAAGUCCCCGUCAGUCACAGUUGGCUUGGGUGGGAGUAUAGCCAGCAAUGGCCUUGGAUUUGAAGGAGGAGAGGGUCUUGGUGCUGGAGUAUCAGGCUUGACAUCUGGAUCAGGGGGCAGCCAUGGUGGGUGGGGAGGCUCCACUGCAGACAACAUAGACAACCCUGUCAGCUCAUAUGGAACACUUUAUGAGGGAACAGAGUUUGGAAGUGGCGGAGGUAAUGGUCCAGGUGAAAGUGUGGGCGGUGCAGGAGGAGGCAUCAUCACCAUUGAAUCCAACUCCCUGCAGCUGGAUGGUCAGAUCAGUUCUAAAGGUGUGGCUGGAUCUGGAUCUGGUGGUGGUGGUAGCGGUGGUACUGUGCACCUUGUUCUGGACACACUGACUGGCUCAGGUGAAGUAGAUGUGAAAGGUGGAAACGCAGGGGAUCCAGCCAGUGGCAGUGGUGGAGGAGGCAGAGUGUCAAUAUACCUCACAUCACACUCCCUUUUUACUGGCAGUUACAAAACUUGUGGAGGUUCUGCACAGACAGAAAGCCUGGCAGGGUCCUCAGGCACAGUUUUCAUCAAGGAAAUGCAAGGCUCUGGUGAAUAUACCACACUCAUCCUAGACAACUCAUGCAUGACAGCAAGCAUGUUACGUGGAACUGUUCUCAAUGAGACAGAAGUCCAAGAUCACCACUUCAAUGAGCUGCAUGUGUUGGACAAUGUCAUCCUACAUGUAGAAGGAUCCAACGUGACUGUGACAGCAAACAGACUGUACAGUGAUGUUACAAGCACCAUCCACAUUCAUGACACAAUGGUUCUUACUGUGGACACGGAUCUAUCAGAAUCUUCACCUGAAUGCAGCUUUGCAGUAAGUGAGGGAGGAGAGCUGCAACUUCCUCCAACUGUGACCUUCUUGGGACCAAGGAACUCAUUUGCGGGUACGCUGACCAACAUCUUUGACAUGGUAAUCGCACCACACCAAGAGGUGAUUUUGUCACCUGUGGUACGUACAGCCAUGUACAGUGAUGGACGGUACACCUUCAUCACUGAGCCUGGUGCAUACAAGCUGGCCUCACUUCACGUAAAGGACCAUGCAAGGCUCACAUUUGAAAGUGAUGCUGACAGUGAAGGCAAGAUGAUUGACAUUGGUCUCCUAGAGGUGAACUACGGAGGUGUUGUUAUGGCAACAUCACUGCACUUGCGUGGUAAUGAGGUCAAAGUUCAUGCAGGAGCCGUGUUGGAUCUAUCAGGAGGUGGCCAUGGUGCAGAGGAAGGGCCAGGUGCAGGAACACAGACUGACAACAUAGGAGUUGGUGCUGGGCAUGGUGGCUUUGGAGGUUCACCUGGUGAAUCAGCUCCUCAAGGGGGGUCCUGGUAUGACUCUGUACAGUCUCCCUCACUCAUGGGAUCUGGGGGAGGCAACAGUGGCAGCGGCACAGGCGGACGUGGGGGUGGAUAUCUCUACAUGGAGUUGAAUAAUGACUUAACUGUAGAAGGAACCAUUGAUUCAAGUGGAGAUCAUGGCCUGUCCAAUGCUGGUGGUGGGAGUGGUGGUAGUGUGUUCAUUGCAGCAAAUAACAUGGUAGGACAUGGCACCCUGAAGGCAGAUGGAGGCAGCAGCCAGGAAGGAGUUGGAGGUGGUGGCAGUGGAGGAAGAAUAGCCAUUUACACUCGGCAAUGGUAUGGUUUUCCUGGAGAAGUGACAGCCUAUGGUGGUAGCAGCAGAGACUAUUCUGCAGGUGGUGCACCAGGGACAGUGUUUAUAGAGGACAACUUGUCAGGAUUUUCUACCACAAGGCUGAUGGUUCAGAGCGAUGUCAGCGAGAGUGGAAAGACCAAGUCUUACACUGUCAUCGCUGAGGAAGGAGACCAUUACAGAUACGAUGAGAUCAUCAUCAAAGGAGACUGCAACAUUGUCUUCAAUGACUCCACCUCAAAGGUUUAUCUGAAGACAUUAACAGCUGACAAACUGGCAACAGUCAACAUUGUUGGACAGCAAGUAUUCUAUCCAAAGGUAGUGGAGGGUGAGACAAGCCAUUGGACAAGCAAUGUCAACCUAAUAAUUGGACCUCAAGCCACAGUCGUCUUCCCAACAACUCUCUUUGUCGAUACAACUAUCACAGUUCAAGGAAGAAUCGUAGUGCAGGAAGUUGUUAUUGAACAGGGUGGACUACUGUCACUGACAAACACUAGCUUUACCUCUCAGAUAUCUGAAUCCAGAUUUGUGAAUGACCCACAAGGGGUUUAUAUUCUAACCACUGUCAUAGUAAAACCAGAUGGAAACUUGAUGACCGCUGAUAAACUUAACCUUACAGUGGGGUUAAUGGAGGUAAAACUUGGUGUGAUGCUUCAAUAUGCUUCUGUCAACAUAACAGCUGGCAAAAUGUUGAUGGCAAGAGGAAGUGUGAUUUCAGUGGAUGGAAGAUCAACUCGUGCUAACUCUGCAGCAUCUCCAAACGCUGGAGGGUCUCAUGCUAGUGCAGGAGGUGUUGGGAAUGGUGAGGACCUGUCCAGAGCAUCCCAGCCUUAUGGGUCUAUCUACUCCCCAACUUUAUCUGGCACAAAUGGUGGCGGCAGUGCUGGUGGAAAAGGAGGUUCCUUCAUCAGAAUCUACUCCCUGGAGCUUGAGAUGGAUGGGCAGCUCACAGCAAAUGGACAAUCAGUUAGUGGUGCACAUGGUGGUGGAGGCAGUGGAGGGAGCAUAUGGAUCACUGCAGAAGAUGUUUUCAAAGGUUUUGGCUCCCUGCAUGCAAAUGGUGGCAAUGGAGGAUCUGGAGCUGCUGGUGGUGGGAGUGGAGGGAGGAUUGCUGUCCAUACAGCUGGGCAGAACAUCUACCACGGGAAGUACCAUGCUGCAGGAGGAUCUGGCCCUGGAGGAGCGGGAGGACCAGGCUCUAUCUUCCUUCAGCAUACUGUUGGCAACAAAGUCACAGAUGUACUUGUGAUUGACAAUGAAAACAUGCAAGAAGACAUCUACUUCACACUUGAUGAAGGAGAGCAGACCAAACUACAGGAACUUCAUGUGAACAACAUGGUCAAAUUCCACAUGCCAACUGACAGCCAAUCACGGAUCCUUAAUGUCCACCAGCUGGUUGGUGACGGAACUGCCCUCCUCCAUGUUCAUGCCAACCAGACCUACCUUGUAGACCAGGAUGGUGAACAAAACGAAACCACAUCCAAAAUCCAAGCAAAUCUGAAAAUUGACCAUCAUGCAGAGCUCAUCACUUCAUCUCGAACCCAAAUCUCUGGUAAAGGCAAUGUUGCACUUGAGUGGGCAGGAAGCCUUAGAGCAGUGCGAGACUUUGUCAUAGGCCAAGACCGUGUAGCCCAUGUACUUCCAACUGCAACAAUUUACAAUUCAAUAGAUCAAGUAAAUGCUACCAAUGGGCAACUUUCCUUUGCAACUGUUGAACUAUAUGCAGGUAGCACAGUCAGAUAUGUGUCCAACGCAGGUGCCAAAAUCGAUGUAGGGGACAUAGAUAUAAAGUUUGGAGCCCAAUUGGAAGCUGAUUGGUUCAUCAUUGGAGCUACGUCAAUGCAUCUUGAAGUAGGCAGUACAAUGACAUGUUCAGGAAGGGACCGCUCUUCAUCAGAACAACUUGAUGUUGACAUUGGAUCUGGCAGUGAUGACUCUUCUGGUGACUCUGGUGCCGGGCAUGGCAGUUAUGGAGGGGAAGGUAACAGUGCAGCAGUGAGUGGAGGACAACCAUAUGGAUCCCUGUACCAUCCAAACAUGCCAGGCAGCAGGGGGAGCUCACGUGGAGGGAAAGGAGGAGGAAAGAUCUACAUAGAUGCAACAGAUGUCAUCAAUGAUGGACUGAUAACUGUGAACGGAGCUUCACCUGAUGAGAGUAAUGGUGGAGCAGGAAGUGGGGGGAGUAUUUGGAUAGAGAGCAAGCUGGUGGAAGGGUUUGGUGUGGUCAGUGCAAAUGGAGGUGAUGCCAGUGGAAACGGAGGAGGGGGAGCAGGAGGAAGGAUUGCUGUGUACACAACAGAGAAGAACGUCUAUCAAGGGGCAUACCUUGCUCUUGGUGGUGAUGGAAGGGACAGUUCCACUCAACCCAGAGGAGGUGGACCUGGUACCGUCUUCCUGCAGGAGACUCGUAAUGGCUACCCAUACAGACAACUUCACAUCAACAAUCAGGAUCGACCUUUCACACAGUAUGUAAGCUUGGCAGAGGAAAACAUUACUGAUUAUGUAUUUGAACAGGUUCACCUGACCCACCAUGCAUCUCUUGACAUAACUGUUGCACAAGCACCUGCUACCCUGACAAUCUUCAAAGUGCAAGGAGAUGGAACAGGUCUACUUCACUCCCAUUCCGGUCACCAGUUUGUCAUUGAGUUUGUUGACUCGACCACGAUAAUCACCAAAGCAAAAGUCAACUACAUUAUUGAUGAAGGAUCUGAGGUUAUUUUGCCAGCUACUGUCCAUGUCAAUGGCAUGGGUAUUCAGCAUGGAGACCAAACUGUGACAAUGGAACUGAAUGGCCGGUUAACAAAUGUUGCACAUCUUGUCAUUAGCAAGGGAUCCUCUGUCCAAUUCUUGACAGAGGCUCAUGCAGCACUGUUAGAAAAUGGGACAUACACCUUUGUUGGACAACCUGGAGAUUUUCUUUUUGCCACCCUGCAGCUCAAAACUGAGUCAGCUCUACACUUUGCUUCUAACAUGAGCAUGGUUGGACAGGUGGGGGAGAUUGAUGUGAAAUAUGGUGCCAAAAUCUUAGCUGAAGGGUUCCAGUUCUCCGUUUCACGAUUGAACAUUGAAGCAGGUGGCACAGUCAGUUGUUCUGCAAGUGACAGGCCACAGGACACAGUGGAUGCUCCUGAUGGUGCAGGUCUGCAAUCUGCUCAAGGAGGGUCUGGCGGAGGGCAUGCAAGUAUGGGUGGGACUGGCGGAGAUAGCAACCUUGGUGGUGGAUACUAUGGCACAAUCUAUCAACCUACUGUACGUGGAAGUGUAGGAGGGAGGGGGAGUGGAGAUGGUGGGAAAGGUGGAGGACGUAUACAGCUAGAGGUAGCCAAAGUUCUCCAUAUCGAUGGUCUCAUAAGUGCAAGUGGAGGAAAGGCAGAAACAAACACCAGAGGUGGAGGAGGGAGUGGUGGAUCCAUCUGGGUCAAAUCAGGUGAAAUUGAGGGUCAUGGCUCGUUCAGCUCACAUGGAGGAGAUGGUGACUCCAAUGGAGGAGGUGGCUCUGGAGGACGCAUGGCCAUCUACACAAACAUCAAGAAUGAGUUCAAGGGCUCCUAUGAUGCUCUUGGAGGUAACGGGGGUCAUCCAGGAGGACCAGGCUCUGUGUACCUGGAAGAAAUCCGUGACCUCAAGCCUUACACCCAGCUGCGUAUUGACAAUGCCCAAAGAGAUUGGGACAUCUACUUCACACUUGAUGAACCCAACAUCUACAAUUAUACCUUUGAUGAAGUUCAUAUUGUCAACAAAGCUUCCCUUCAGAUGCCCAAUGACGGCAAAUUGCGGAGAUUAGUCAUUCACCAUGUCACAGGAGAUCUGUCUGGACGUAUUCAUAUGCAUGGAAACCAAACAUAUCGCCUCGAAGUAAAAGAAUCUUCCUUCACUUUGACAAAAUCUUCAGUUAACAUCUGGAUUGAUAGAGGUGCAGUAGCUGAGCUAGCAAGUACGGUGUACAUCGUUGGACGGGGAGAGCUAGCACUCAAAUGGUACGGGCAGCUGGUGGGUGUACGACAUCUUCGCAUUGGCCACCAGAGACAAGUUGAAAUUGGCCCACAUGCUCACACUGCUUUACUGCAAAAUGGUGUCUGGUUUGUGGAUGAGCCUGGAACAUUCAAGUUCUCUAGUUUGGAAUUUGGGUCUGAGUCACAGAUUGCCUUCCUUCCACCAAUGGGCAUCACCUUUACAGUUGGAUUCCUGGACAUAAAAUGGGCCUGUCAGUUCAGUGCUGAAUUCUUCAACAUCUAUGCAACAGACUUCUUUUUGGAGCCGAGUGCUACAGUAACAUCUGCUGGAAGGGGAUAUGAAUCUGGUGGCCCAGGGCAGGGGACAGCUACUGGAUCAGGAGCUGGUCAUGCAACCUAUGGAGGAAACGGAACAGGAAGCAGCAGCAUAGGAGGAGGGGACUAUGGUUCCCUGUACAGACCUGUGACGUUAGGAAGCCGUGGGGGGCCAGGCUCAAAUAACCAGCUUGGUCCACGAGGAGGAGGUCGGAUGAGGAUCAUUGUUGGUGCCAUCUUCAUCUUGGAUGGAGAGGUGAAUGUUGACGGAGACUCAGCAGGGUCUGGUACAAGGGCUGGAGGAGGCAGUGGAGGAAGUGCUUGGAUCACCUCUGGUCACCUUCGAGGACAUGGUUUAAUCAGCUCAUGUGGUGGCCAAGGAGAUUACAAUGCAGGCGGUGGGGCUGGUGGGAGAGUAGCACUUCACUGUUCCAACAUCGCUGAGUACCGCGGUGCCUUGAAAGCCCUUGGAGACAAGGGGACCCAAAAUGGUGACUUUGGAGGCUCUGGAACUGUUUACUUGGAAGACCUGAGAAAUGGGACCUACUUCCGAAGACUGUACAUUGACAACCAGGAUGUUGUACCACCCAAGGCCUUUGUACUGCAGGAGAGACACCCCAUGGUAGAGGAGGUGGAUGGAUAUGAAGAACUUAAUGAGGCAGAUUUUGCCUUUGACCAAGUGAUGCUACAGCAUAUGGCACUAUUCCAGAUUGACUAUCCAAACAAGACAACAUCAUCCAUCUCCAUCUAUGAAGUUCUUGGAGACCUAACCAGCAUCAUGCAUGUCCGUGGCAACCAAACAUUCUACAUAGAAUAUGAGGAGGCUGAAGUCCACCGUGCAGAGCCACCGGUCAACUUCAUUAUUGACCAACAUGGCGAGCUGUAUGCUCCAAAUGACUUCCGAGUGAUUGGUUCAAGGGUGCCGGCAGUGUAUCUUGAUGGGAGACUGACAGGAGUGUACAAUUUGAGUAUUGCAGAAGAGAAGGUUAUGAUGGUGGGGCCACAUGCAACAAAUGCACUGGUACAGAACAGGACAUACACAGAGACACCCGUACCAGGAAAGCUGCAACUUGGAGAGCUGAAGCUGGAAGCUGAAGCAAGGUUGACAUAUCCCAACAGAAUGGAAAUUGAUGUUGAUGACCUCGUCAUGCGCUAUGCAGCCCGCAUCGAAGCAGAGUCUCUCCUCAUACAGGCAUCCAACCUGAACAUUGAGGGGGAGGCCAAGAUGGUGGUGUCUGGGAGAGGCUACACAUCAGGUCUGGGGGAGGCUCCCGGUAUAGAAGACACAGCUGGGCAUGGAACAGGAGGAGGACAUGGUGGUUACGGUGGAGGAACAGACAUUUCCAACACAACUCAAGGUGGAGUGUAUGGAUCCUACAGUAGGCCAGUACACCAGGGAAGUGGAGGAGGAGGGCCAUAUGGAGGAGCUGGGGGCUCUGCCAUUGAGAUCCAUGCAGGCCAUUCCAUUCAUUUGGAUGGAACUUUGGAGAACAUGGGGGAAAGUGCUACAGGAAGCAAUUCAGGCGGAGGCAGUGGUGGAAGUGUCUAUCUCACUACAGUGAUGUUCUCUGGCCAUGGCAAAAUUAAUGCUGAUGGAGGCAAUGGUGUUGGCCUUGGUUACGGUGGAGCAGGUGGGAGAAUUGCAGUGCAUGUAGCCUGGCUUCGAGAAUAUACCGGAACGUACACUGCCUUUGGUGGACUUUCUGGUUCAAGUCGUCCAGUAGAUGAUGCAGGCAAUGGUGCUGGUGGGACAAUUUACUACACAGAUACCAACCAGGGACUUCAGCACAGAAAGGCAUCGUAUGAUCCAAACCAAAACAUGACUUUGUGGCAGGAUGCCUUCUCUAAGCUACUCCUUGACAAUGACAACAGGAAUGACAUCUUACCCACUGUCAUCAUGAACGAAAAUGGGACAUACUUUGAGUUUGAUGAAAUCGAGACAAAGAACCAUGUGGUACUCUGGCUUCAUGGAGGCACUGACACUCUCGUGACUCACAAGUUUGUUGGUGACAGAACUGGGCAGGUUCACCUGAGAUCCGGCCAGAAGAUGUACUGUGAAGUUGUUGAGUCUCAGACUGGGCACACGGUCGCUCCUGUCAGCUACAAAGUAGAUGCUGGUGCAGAGAUAUUUUUCCCAUCAAGUCUUACCCUACUUGGCACACGGACUGUUUUUGAAGGAGUUGUGACUGGAGUUUAUGACAUCAUCCUUGCUAAAGGAGCCAGGACCACCUUUGCUUCCACAACCCAAACUGGCAUCAUGAUCAACCAAGUGUACGACUUCCUAACUUCACCAGGAAAUAUCACAUUUGGAACAAUGACAGUGCAGCGAGGGUCGGUUAUUGAAUUUUCCAAAAUAACUGGGAAUCUUGUCCUCACAGUAAGUGACAUGAAGAUCAAAUACCAAGGCCUUGUACACAUGAAUCAUGGAGAAAUUGAUUCAUCAUAUGCUAUCAUUGAAAGUGAGGGGGUACUCAACUUGAUUGGUACAGGACAUCAGGGAGAAGAGGGACCUGGGGCAGGCAAAACUUUGGCAGGAGGUCCUGGAUAUGGUGGUGGCCAUGGUGGACAUGGAGGUGCUCCAUACCCAGAUAUUGGUGGUGAUGCAUAUGGUUCAGUAAAGAAACCUUUACUUCUAGGAAGUGGUGGAGGUCAUGGCAGUGGUGUCGGAGGAAGGGGAGGGGGUAUGCUGCAUUGGCGAAAUGGCCAGAGACUUACUGUGGAUGGCUUCAUCUACCUGUCCGGUGGUCCUGGGGAUGGAGGGAAUGCAGGAGGCGGAAGUGGAGGCAGCAUCCUCAUAGAGACAACCAACAUGACUGGGUAUGGGGAGGUCAAUGUGAACGGAGGACAGGCAUCCAGAUCUGGAGGAGGUGGAGCUGGUGGUCGCAUUGGUGUCCACUGUUCGUUUAAGUAUAAAUAUGCAGGAAAGCUCCGCUCCAUAGGUGGACAGGGCACACCAUCAGGUGCAGCCGGAACCAGCUAUAAGGAAGAAACAGCUCGAGGACCUCAGUAUGCUGACAUCAAAUAUGACAAGUCCAGGAACGUGACAGACAUUGCAGCUGCCCACACUUGGCUUCAGGUUGACAAUGAGGACCUAAAUGCAGAGGCCUAUUCUGAUCAUGGGGAGCCCUGGCUUUUCACUGUUCUGAUGGAAGGCGAUACUGACUUGUAUGAGUUUGAUGAAGCCCACAUCACAAGGCAUGCAAACUUGCUGAUGUACGAUCCUCCGGGAAAAGAAAAUGUUACAGCCAUCAUACACAUCUUCUUGGGUGACAGGACUGGACUUUUCCAUUUGGUCCAAAAUCAAACAAUCUAUGUCGAGGUUGUGGAAUCUGUGACAAACGAGACCAUAGCUCCUUGCAGCUUCCGCAUUGAAGCUGGAGCAGAGAUUGUGUUUCCAUCAAAGACAUUCAUAGCUGGGACCAGGACCUGGCUAGGUGGAAGGAUCACAGGUGUUCAUGACCUGAUCAUUGCAAAUGGGGGAGAUGUCGUCUUUCUGUCCACUGCACAGACUGCGCUUGUUGAAAAUCAGGAGUAUGUUGAAAUCUCUGCACAUGGGAACUUUUCUUUUGGAACCAUCACAGUGGAACGAAACUCUCAAGGAGAAUUUCAGUAUAACACUCACCCUAUGAGUAUAACAUCAAGUGAACUGCGGGUUAAGUACCAAGGAGAGUUGUUCUUAAAUGAUGAGGUGGAGAUGCUUUCCACCAAUGCAUGGAUUGAAAGCCAAGGAGUUCUUCAUCUUGAUGGGGGUGGGUUUCUGGCAGAGCAAGGCCAUGGUGCAGGAACAUCAACAGAUGGGAUUGGACAAGGAGCAGGGCAUGGUGGACAGGGCGGUGGUCCUGAGCCCUACCUGGGCGGCCUUCCCUAUAACUCUGUCUACAAACCUACUGAAAUGGGCAGUGGGGGAGGAAAUGGUGGUGGCACUGGAGGCAGGGGAGGCGGAAGACUGUGGUGGAAAGUUGGUGAAAAGAUCUGGAUAAAUGGCCUCCUCGCUGUGAGGGGAACAGAUGGAGAUGGUGGAAAUGCUGGUGGUGGGAGUGGAGGAAGUGUCCUGAUUGAGGCUACCAACAUGACAGGUCAUGGAGAGAUAGCUGUGAGUGGUGGAGAUGGUGUGGGACAGGGAGGUGGGGGAUCAGGAGGCAGGAUCGGCAUCCACUGCAGGUGGAGGUACCAGUACGGUGGCAAACUCACAGACUUUGGUGGUAAUGGAGGUCAAAGUUACCAGCUCAUGCAUGGAGGAGCAGCAGGGACAGCUUACAAGGAGGAAAACUUGAGAGAGCUUGAGUAUAGGCACAAGAAGUAUGACAAGGUUCACAACACAACGUUCCUUGCUGUUGACCACACAUACAUCCACGUCGACAAUGUUGGUAAGGAUGUCCCACCAGCCACCAUGAUCAUGGAGGACUUCACAACAUACUACGAGUUUGAUGAAAUGGAGCUGACAGGUUUCUCCAGGCUACUUAUCUACCAUGCUGAUAAUGAGACAGAAGUAACAACAGUCAUCCAUCGUUUCAUCGGAGACCGUACUGGUCAGCUGCACUUGCGUGGCAAUCAGACACUGUAUGUUGAGGUGGUCGAAUCCACCACCAACCGUACCCUGGCUCCAUGUAGUUUCCAAACGGACAUUGAUUCAGAAAUCAUUUUCCCUGCAGAGGUUCAUUUUCAUGGUGUCAGAAGUCUCUUCUGUGAGGGUGUUUCCAUUCUUGAUGGCAGUGGUCAUCCUGCCGAGAAAGGCAUGGGUGCAGGUGUAACAGUGGGUAAUGUCGGGUAUGGAGCGGCACAUGGUGGGGAAGGGGGUGGUCAGAACAUCUCCCUUGUUGCUCAGCCAUACAACUCUGUCUACAGACCGUUUGACCUCGGAAGUGGAGGUGGGAAUGGGCAAGGGACAGGGGGAAAUGGAGGUGGAGCCCUAUGGUGGCAAGUCAGCCAUGAAAUCAUGCUGAAUGGAAUCCUGUCAUUGAAGGGAGGUGAUGGAGUAGGAAGUAAUGCAGGAGGAGGCAGUGGGGGAAGUUUGUUACUUGAAACCACUAACAUGACUGGACAUGGUGAGAUAGAUGUACACGGAGGAGAAGGUGUUGGACUUGGGGGAGGAGGAGCAGGAGGGCGUAUCGGAGUCCAUUGCAGGUGGAGGUACAGGUAUGGUGGCAGGUACAUUGACAGAGGAGGUCUCAGUAGCUCAGACAACCUCUAUGCAGCUGCAGGAACUGCUUAUGUGGAGGAAAAUCUCAGAGAACUGCAGUAUCGAGAGAAGAAGUACAUGAAAUCCACUAAUACAACAUUCCUAGAAGUUGAUCACAAAUACAUCCAUGUUGACAAUGAAGGUUACAAAGCCCCAGUUGCAACAAUGGUCAUGGAAGACUUGACAACGGAAUACGAGUUUGAUGAGAUGGAGCUGACAGGUGCUGCUCGACUCAUACUAUACCAUCCCGUUGGUGAGCAAGUCAAUGUAGUGGUACACCGGUUCAUCGGAGACAAGACAGGUCAGCUACAUAUCCGCAAUGACCAAACUGUGUAUGUGGAAGUGGUUGAAUCAGUUAACAACAAAACAGAAGCACCUUGCAGUUUCAUCAUAGACUACGGUGCAGAAAUGGUCCUGCCUUUUGAGGUACACUUCCAUGGUACAGAUACUCUACUGGAGGGUCUUUUAACGGGAGUCCACCAUGUGUAUGUUGAGGAAGGAGCAUAUUUGGAGUUAACAUCAACAGCACAGACAGCUCUGCUGUCUAAUGGGACAUAUAGUGUAAUCACGGAGGAAGGAAACAUCACUUUUCCACAGACUGUUGUCAAGCGUGGUGGUCGUAUCAGAUUCACACGCAUAGAAACUGAGGUGGUUUUCAAUUCAGCAUUCUUUGAAAUCAAAUAUGAAGGCACAGUGCAUAUGAACGAAGCCUUGAUUGAGUCUGGAGAUGCAGAUCUGGAAAGUGAGGGGAUCUUGGAGCUUGAUGCUACUGGUCAUCAAAGUGGAGAAGGUCCAGGGUCUGGAUCAGUGUGGACAGGUGGAGAGGGGACAGGAGCAGGACAUGGAGGCCAGGGGGGUGGAGUUGGCUUAGCUAACAACCCAGAAAAUGGUGGGAAACCGUAUGGCUCUGUGUUUACACCUCUGGAUAUGGGAAGUGGUGGAGGACCCAGUGGAAGUGCUGGGAAAGGUGGAUCUGGAGGAGGAGCCCUUCACUGGAAGAUUGGCAAACUCAUACACCUAAAUGGACUCAUCUCUGUACAAGGUGAAGAUGGACAGGACGCUAAUACAGGUGGUGGAAGUGGAGGUAGUGUUCUGAUUGAAGCAACAAACAUGACGGGUCAUGGUGAGAUCAAUGUCAAUGGUGGGGAUGGGAAGCAAAAGGGUGGUGGUGGUGCAGGAGGAAGAAUUGGUAUCCACAUACGCCACCAGAACAACUAUGGCGGAAAGUUCACUGCGCAAGGUGGAAGUGGUGGGAAUGCUAACGUGGACCAGGUCGGCGAUGGUGCAGCUGGAACUGUGUACAAGUACGAAUCACGACGAGGGCCGCAGUAUCGCGAGCUGAAAUACAAUCCUAACUUGAAUGCCACAGUUUUCAAGCCUGAUCACUCCAAGCUUAAGAUUGACAAUGGAGAGAAAGAUGUUGAUCAUCCUGCAAUGGUGAUGGAAGCUGAUACAACCUUCUAUGAGUUUGACGAGGUUCAAGUGGAAGGUUAUUCCUAUGUACACUUUUACCAUCCUGUUAUAGAAGCUGUGAAUGCCACAGUUGAAGCCACUGUAAAUGUCACAGUUGUUGCUCAUGAACUCACUGGCAAUAAAAAAGGACUGAUCAGAGUACAGAACAGACAGCGCUUAUUCAUCCACAUUGUUGAAUCUACACAUACAUAUUUGGAUGCACCAUGCAGCUUCCAUGUUGACCAAGGCGGAGAGGUGGUCCUCCCUACAACAGUCAUUCUUAGAAGCGAAAUGACAGUCCUGGAAGGUCGUAUGACUGGAGUUGAAGAACUUUACAUAGACAGAAAUGGGGAACUUCGUAUUGCUGGAACUGCCCACACAGCAUCUCUACCUGAAGAAGCACAGUGGUACAGUGAUGAUCCAUUUGAACCCUACACACCUGGUCUCGUCAUGUCGGGAAGCCUCACUGUAAACAACCUAGGAAAGCUAACAGUGGAACUCACCCCUGUUCGUGCAAUGUUUGACAUUGGAGUUGUAGAAAUCAAGGAUGGAGGUGUGGUACAGUUUGACACACAUCAUGUAACCGUCAACACAAGUACAUUGAGGAUAGAAGCAAGUGCACAAAUGACAUCUACAGGAGGGGGCUACGAUGGAGGUCAAGGACCUGGGGCUGGUGGCAGUGGCUCUGGUGGUGGAUAUGCCUCACCAGGUGGUGAUGGAGGAAGCAGCUCAGGAGGCGGUGCUUAUGGGUCAAUGAUCCUGCCCUCUGACCCUGGGAGUGGUGGAGGCGAAGCUUCUGGGGGAUCAGGGGGAGGACAUCUCGGGAUCCAAACUGGCAAGGAUGUUUUCCUGGAUGGAACUAUUUCAAGCAAUGGUGAAGAUGGUGAAGCCCAAGAUGACAGUGGUGGUGGCAGUGGUGGGACCGUCAUGAUAAACUGUCAGCAGAUCACAGGACAUGGUCUGGUGCAGGCAAAUGGUGGUGUUGGAAAGGUCCUAUCAAACCAUUAUGCAAAUGGUGGAGGAAGUGGUGGACGGGUUGCCAUUCACCAACGGGAGACCUUCAGCUUCCAAGGGACAGCUGAAGCACUCGGAGGAAAUGGACAACAUUAUGGUUCAGCAGGAACUGUUUACAUCCGGGAAACACUUGGUGAUGCUGUCUACAACCAACUCUGGGUGGACAACAAAGGUCGAACUUGUCACAAUCAUGUGGUCAUCGACGAAAGUGGUCAAGGCAACUUCACCUUCCACCGGGUCCAUCUUGUGCGAAAUGCAUGUCUGCAAACCAAGCAGUUACCAAGUGGAAGUGCAACAGUAAGAAUAGCACAGAUCACUGGAGAUGGAACAGGAACACUCACUGUUAGAAACAAUCACUUUGCAUUCAUCCAAACUGAAGAACUUUGCACUUUCAUACCUGCCAAUGUUGUGGUGGAAAGUGGAGGAUUCUUGGUCCUACCUUUGGAGACCACGAUACUGUCAUCCCUGCACGUUAGGGGUGCCCUGUAUGGAGUCGAACACCUUUAUGUCAAGGGAACAGCCAAGUUUUACAACUCUGGAUACAGUGCUUGUCACAACUGUACACUGGGAAGUGAGGAAAGAGGUCAAUACUGGUUCACAGGUGUAACAGUCCUCAAUGGAGGAAGGUUAGAAAUUGUGCGAGGCACGACAACAAACCUUCAUCACUACUCUGUUCAAGUCAGGACGUCCGAGUACUUUGAUGUGGACCAUGGAGGGUUAGUGAGUGUUGGGGAUGGUGUUGUCAUCUACACACUUGAUACAAAGGUGGAAAAGACUGCUGAGAUGAAUGCCGAUGGAGGCGGUUAUGUUGCAGAAAGUGGUCCUGGACAUGGCAGUACCUGCGGUGGUGACGGAGGUGGUGCAGGACAUGGAGGAAGAGGGGAAUUGACAUGUAGAGGAGAUACAUACGAUGAUGAAUGCUUUCCAAGAUGGGUGGGCAGUGGAGGUGGACACUGCUCUGACGGUGGGGGAGGCACAGGAGGUGGAGCCAUGAAGAUUGUGAGCAGCCGUCUGCUACAACUAGAAGGAACUCUGUCUGCUGAUGGAUCUGAAGCAUCUUUAGGUGGAGGAGGAGGAAGUGGAGGUGCAAUAUGGAUUGAUGGAUUAUAUGUGGAAGGAUGGGUAGAUACCUCCAGUACUGGUGGGGAAGGAAGUAGCCAUUGUUAUAAUCACUGCUGGAGUUCUUGCUGUGGCACGCACACUGGUGGUGAUGGUGGAGGUGGCCGUAUAAGAAGUUACUCACCAAACAGUCUGCCCAAGGUGCUUCGAUAUCACCGCACAGUCAAGGUUACCAAUCACAACUCCGAAGCUGGAACAAUAUCAGAAGUAAACACAUGCUGCAGUGGCCGUGGUGUGUGGCAACCAGACUCAGAAUCUUGCACUUGUGACAACGGUUUCACUGGGCUUGGUUGUCAGGUAGAGUGUGAUGAUGUUGAGACCUGUAAUGGACAUGGUGUUUGUGAUGCAAAUGGUGCAUGUGAAUGUGGCCCUGGCUUUGUAGGCUACCGAUGUGAACAUCAAUGUGACCCUGCAGCAGACUGCAGUGGGAAUGGCAUCUGUAGCCCUUAUGGCACCUGUGUAUGUGACCCCUGCUACACAGGCAGUGACUGUUCAGUUCUGUGCAGUGGACAUGGUUCUUGUGACAAUGGGCACUGUCAGUGUGACUCAUGCUACAUUGGCCCAUACUGUCACUCUGAGUGCAAUGGGAAGGGAACUUGCAAUGGUGGAGAAUGUCAGUGCAUAGAAAGCUGGCGUGGGGAGUUGUGCACAAUUGCAGGAUGCCCUGGCCAAGAAGAGGACUGCUCUGGCAGAGGCAUCUGUAAUGCCUACCUCCAUGAGUGUAUCUGUGAACCAGGAUGGAAGGGAGAUGACUGUACAGUUGCUGAUUGCCCAGGAGAACCUAACUGCUACAACAGAGGGGACUGCAAUUCCACCACAAACCCUCCCUCAUGCCAGAACUGCCAAGCAGGGUGGAUGGGACCUGCCUGUGACGAUCCAUGUGUGCACGGUGUACAGGAGCCAAUGGACAGUGGUGUCUGUGUCUGUGAGCCGUGCUGGAGUGGAAAAGGGUGUAACAGCCUCUGCUCUGAGUAUGGCACAUGUUCAGAUGACAACUCCACAUGUAAUUGUGAUCCACUGAGUGGGCGACGAGGUGAUGUCUGUGAAGUCCCCGGAUGUCCAGGAAUUGGUGAAGACUGCACUGGCCAUGGAGACUGCAAUAGUGGGAUUCAUGAGUGUGAGUGCUACAAUGGAUGGGCAGGCAUCGGUUGCCACAUCCCAGACUGCCCUGGAACUCCUGACUGCCACAGACGUGGGUUCUGUAACACAACAGGUGAAACACCAACAUGUACCAGCUGCCACAGUGGCUGGAUGGGCCCGGCCUGUAACGAUCCUUGUGUCCACGGUGUACAACAACCAAUGGACAGUGGCAACUGUAAGUGUGAUCCUGGUUGGGCUGGGCUGGGAUGCAACUCAGAGUGCUCAGAACAUGGAGUCAUCGUUGAGGGCAAAUGUGAAUGUGAUUACGACACAGGUUGGAAGGGUGAGCUCUGUGAUGUACCCGGUUGCCCAGGGCUCUUUGGACUUGACUGCAGUGGGAGAGGUGGCUGUGACAGUGCAACACACCAGUGUACAUGCAAUGAAGGAUGGACAGGAGCUGGCUGUGAACUACCGGACUGCCCUGGAAGUCCAGAUUGUGCCGGAAGAGGCAUGUGUGAUGGAUCUACUAGUCCACCUGUAUGUCGGAACUGUACACAAGGUUGGAUGGGACCUGCCUGUGAAGAUCCUUGUGUUCAUGGACAUCAAGAACCAAUGGACAGUGGAAACUGUGUUUGUGACCCUGGAUGGGUGGGUGUAGGAUGUGACUCAGAGUGUUCUGGACAUGGAACAAUUGAGGAUGGCCACUGUGUCUGCUUCUAUGAAGAAGGCUGGAAGGGGGAACACUGUGAUGUACCAGGUUGCCCUGGUCUGUUUAACCUUGACUGUUCUGGGAGAGGUGAAUGUAACAGUGCUCUACACACCUGUGUCUGCAAUGCAGGCUGGACCAACAUUGGGUGUGAGGACCCAGAUUGUCCUGGACAUCCUGACUGUUACGAUCGGGGCACAUGCAACGCACUGUUUGACCCGCCGCGAUGUACCAAUUGUUCACAAGGCUGGAUGGGUGCAGACUGUAAUGAUCCUUGUGAGCACGGCAACCAAGAGCCCAUGGACAGCGGCAACUGUGUGUGUGAUGCUUGCUAUGCUGGCCGUGGCUGUACAAGUGAAUGUUCAGGCAAUGGCAUUUGUGAAAAUGGAGAAUGUAGGUGCUCUGACAACUGGCGAGGCUCCCUGUGUGAAAUCCCAGGGUGUCCUGGGGAAGGGAUAGACUGUAGUGGACAUGGAGAAUGCAACAGUGCUCAACACAAGUGCUUCUGCUUCCCUGGCUGGAGUGGACAUGGCUGUGAAACCCCAGAUUGCCCAGGAGAACCCGACUGCAACAGCCGUGGGUACUGUAAUGGUACAGGGAGGUCUACGCCCAUUUGUACAAACUGUCAGGAAGGCUGGAUGGGUGCUGCCUGUGACGAGCCAUGCGUCCAUGGAAAACAAGAGCCAAUGGACAGUGGCUUCUGCAAAUGUUAUACUUGCUACACCGGAUACAACUGCGACAGUGAAUGUUCUGGCAAUGGACAGUGUGUCAAUGGCAAAUGCGAGUGUGACAACACAUUUGUUGGGAACAGUUGGGUGGGUGAGCUGUGUGAGCAGAGAGGCUGCCCUGGUGAGGAUGGCUCCUGUAAUGCUCAUGGUUCCUGUAACUCAGCCACACAGACCUGCACAUGUUAUCCUGGCUGGAGCGGGAUUGACUGCAGUAUUCCAGACUGUCCAGGAGCACCAAGCUGCUCAGGUCAUGGAAAGUGUCUACCAACAGUUCCACGUACAUGUAUCUGUGAAUCAAACUGGGCAGGAGAAAUGUGCGACAUACCCUGUCUCCACGGCAACAACAUCAAUGGCACAGAAUGCAUCUGUGAGGAUUGCUACAGCGGUAUAGGCUGCCACGACGUCUGUUCAAGCAACGGUGUUUGUGUGAACAAUACUUGCGAGUGCUAUUUUGAAACUGGGUAUAAAGGAGAUGUGUGCUCCAUCCCUGGGUGUCCUGGGUGGCCAUACGACUGCAGUAACCAUGGCACAUGCAACCUUGCUGUGAAGGAAUGUACCUGUGAUCCCGGGUGGGACGGAGUUGGCUGCCACAUUCCAGAUUGCCCAGGUACCCCUGACUGCCUGCUGAGAGGUGAUUGUCCAAUGCCACCUGAAGAUGAAGAUCCUCGCUGUGUCAACUGCAUCUACCCAUAUAUGGGAGAUGGAUGUGAGCUAACCUGCAUCCAUGGGACUCCUGAGAGAACCACCAAUGGCACCUGGAUCUGCCAUUGUAACCCAUGCUACAAUGGUCUUAGCUGUGAUAUGUUAUGUUCCAACCACAGCAACCAGUGCAUCAACGACCAGUGCGACUGCGGAUUUGAUGGAUGGAGAGGGGAAUACUGUGAUGUCAAGGGAUGCCCAGGAUACGACAUUGACUGUAGUGGACAUGGUGACUGUAACAGUCAGACUGGUUCAUGUUACUGUCAGGCUGGAUGGAUUGGUAUUGGAUGCCACCUUCCUGAUUGUCCUGGAACACCAGACUGUAACGAUAGAGGCGUAUGCUACCCAACUGAUCCACCAGAGUGCCAGAACUGCACACGGGGAUGGAUGGGACCGGCGUGUGAUCUGCCAUGUACACAUGGCCAACAGAUCCCAAUGAACUCGGGGAACUGCACGUGUGAUCCUUGCUACCAUGGUGUGUUCUGCGAUGAGAUGUGUUCAGGAGUUGGGGAAUGUAAAGAGGGCACCUGCAUCUGUCCGUUCUUUGGUGGAAGAGGAGAGUACUGUGAGAAUCCUGGAUGUCCGGGUGUUGACAACUUGGACUGUUCAGGCCAUGGAACUUGCAUUGUUGCAACAGGAACCUGCAUUUGUAAUGAAGGAUGGGAGGGAAUUGGCUGUGAGUUCCCUAACUGCCCUGGCCAACCAAACUGUAAUGACCGUGGGGUGUGCUACCCAGCUACGAUACCAGAAUGCCGGAACUGCACAGCUGGUUGGAUGGGUCCAGCAUGUGAACUGCCUUGUGGACCAGACCAUGGCAGACAGAACCCAAUGGACAGCGGGAUAUGUGAGUGCGAUCCUUGCUAUCAUGGAGAUGACUGCCAGAAAGGGUGUAACAACUUUGGGCAAUGUAGGAAUGGAACAUGUGACUGCACAGAUCCAACUGGGUUCAACAGUGGAUACUGGGGAGAGUAUUGUGACAUCAUAGACUGCCCUGGGAUGGGGUCUCCUUGCAGUGGACAUGGCUUUUGUAACUUCCUCACCCACCAGUGCGUAUGUGAACAAAGCUGGUAUGGGCCAGGCUGCCAGUUUGGAAACUGCCCCGGAACACCAGACUGCAAUAACCAGGGGCAGUGUGACAUCACAGGAGACAUCCCCACUUGCAGAUGUGAUGCCGGCUGGAUGGGAGCGUCCUGUGACCGCCCGUGUGUCCAUGGAACAGUCACACCAGAGCACACCUGCAUCUGUGACCCCUGCUACUAUGGACCAGCCUGUGAUCAGGAGUGCAGUAACCAUGGGACAUGUCAGAAUGACCAGUGUGCCUGUGAUGAAGCUUGGAGAGGUGAGGACUGCAGCAUACGAGGCUGUCCUGGUGAGCUAGAGGACUGUUCAGGCCAUGGCUACUGUAACCGAUUGGACCAGAUCUGCUACUGCCAGCCCAACUGGAAGGGACACGACUGCAGCACUCCUGACUGUCCCGGGACACCCGACUGUAGGGAAAGAGGUGACUGCGAUGGAACAAGCUAUGACUCACCAAGAUGUGUGAACUGUACACAAGGAUGGAUGGGAUCAGAGUGUCAGGUGCCCUGCACACACGGCAUCCAGCAGCCCAUGGACAGCAGCUUCUGUGACUGCUUCCCUUGUUACUCAGGCACCAGCUGUGAUGUGGAGUGCACAGAUCAUGGCACCUGUCAAAAUGGAACAUGCCAGUGUCAAACAGGCUAUGAAGGUGACAUGUGUCAGCACCUGGACUGCCCAGGAGAGCCCGACUGUACUGAUAGGGGUACAUGUGUGAGGCGUGGAGGGAAGUCCAUCUGUGUGUGUAACCCUGGCUUCGGUGGGAUGAACUGUUCAGACCUGGUGUGUCCUGGAGAACCAGCCUGCAGCAGCAGAGGUAUCUGCACCAUUGUUGGGGACACUACUGCCUGUGUUUGUGAGCAUGGCUAUGAUGGUGAAGCUUGUGACCGUUGUCUUCCUCGGUUUGCCGGAGACUACUGUGAUGAAUGUGAAGAAGGGUACAUAGGAUGGGACACUGACUGCAGUGUGCUGUGCCUUCACGGCAAUGCGACAGAACCCGGUGGAAGGCAGUGUGCAUGCUACACUGAUGAAGUCAAUGGCUACUGGAUAGGGGCCAGCUGUGAUCAGUGCAUGACAGGCUAUGCUUUACCCACUUGUGCACAGUGUCACCCAGAUUUUGCCAGCAUUGAUGGAGACUGUUCUGUGGCAUGUAUCAUGGGACAUGGAGAGUACAGGGAACCUCUGGAUGGGGAGGGGGGAAGGAGUCCUGUUGAACCUUUCAUCAACUGUGUCUCUGCUGCACCUGAUGAAAAUGGUGCAUACACAGUUUUCCGCCCAGAGAACAUCAUUGCAAAUGGUGGAACUGUAUUCUCAUAUGCAGACAGCCUACCUUUUGCAGUCACCUGUUCAGGAACACUACAGAUACACUAUGGCAGUCAUGUCUACGAUACUCAUGUAAAUAUCAUCAACAAGGAGUGGACCCAUGUGGCAGUGACCUAUGAGCGUGUGACGGGUGGCUGCACCAUCUACAUCAUACACCACAACGGUCAUGUGGAAGGAACAUCAUUUGUGAUUGGUGCCGGCUUCUUCCUUCCAACUGGCACAAUUGCUCUUGGCCAAUGGCAGUAUGGCACUGACCCAUCAGUGGGCAGUCCUCCAACAAUGCACUUUGUAGGACAGAUCGACAAGCUCGUCAUCUGGGACAGAGUGUUUUCCAUCUACGAAGUCGUGCAAAAUGCAGAAAUGGCAUUUGAAGUCUCAGUUCAUGGAGUGUCUGGUCUGUGGCAGUUCUCUGAGGGGUGGGGCACAGUUGUGCAAGAUACGAUACAUGGUCACAACAUACUGCUACCCUCCACCGGGGGACCAACCUGGUGGAUCUCUUCCGCUCACUAUGCACUGACAGUAACCUCAUCAGUACAUCCUCUCUGGGAUUUCACACAUGCCAUCCUACCAACCAAUCAAAUUUCGGUCACCAUUGCUGAGGAAUACUGCAGAGACCUUGUCAACACUGCCUCGCUGCUCAGUUCCUGCAGCCCUCUUGGUGCCAGUGUGAAAGAGUUCUAUCUGGUGCUGUGCAUCCAAGACAUCCAAAAUUCCCACAAUCUGGAUUCUGGUACCCAUGCAAUACAUGCAUAUUCCUCCUACUGUCAAGCUGAACUGGAGUUGCCAUAUGCCCCAAUAGAUCCUACUCCAACAUGUUUGUUUGGUGUUGUGGACCAAGAGAGUGGUAACUGCACAUGCCAUGAGGGAUACUGGGGCACAGACUGUUCCAACCUGUGUCCAGGUGGUACCAUCAACACAUGUAACAGCCAUGGCACCUGUAACCCAUCCAAUGGUCAGUGUGAAUGUGAUGCAGCCUGGUCAGAGACAACAGACUGCUCCACCUGUGCACCUGGCUGGGAGGGAGACGACUGUUCAGUUUUUGUUGCCAAUAAGACAGACUCUCGCCCAAUGUGCAAAGUAUUUGGGCAGGGUCACUUCACUGCUUUUGAUGGGACAGGUUUUGUGUACAAGGAACCAGGGGAAUUCUUCUUCCUGCAGAACACAGACUCAUCAUUCAAUGCCCAGGUCCGUAUUAUUCCUUGCUACAACCAGUCUGCCUGCAUCUCAGCAUUUGCCAUGUCCUACGGAACAAAUUACAUAACUGUCCGUGCAGGCUACACAAGUAACAGCAAACUCCUGAUAUGGAAUGAUGGAGAGGCAUGGACCUCAAAUGGAGCACCCCUUGUCACUCCCCACUUCACUCUCAGUCAAGAAUCUUCCCAUGAGUACAAUUUGGUUGGCCUUGCAGGCUCCCUGUCUGUGAAUGUUCGUGUUGUGGACAAAUACCUCAGUGUCACUAUGCACACCAGUCAACAAUCCUGCCACAAUGGCUUUGGAAUUUGUGGGUCAUGUGAAGGCAACAGCACAGCAAAUAUCACAGACAUUUCCACCAUACUCACAGAUGCCUGGGGAGUUAGUGCUGAUGAGAGCUUGUUCACCUGCAUCUUCAACAGCAGUUCAUACCACGAACAACCAAUCAUAACAGGAGCUGGUCACUGUCUCCACUUCAGCGAUGCCUCAGUUUCCUCUCAACCAACCGUCAGCACAUUCGACACAGACCAGGACAUCACUGUGCAAUUUCACAUUAAUGCAGAAGCAGACACAGGCAUUGUCUUUUCCUACAGUCACACAAUAAGUUUUACUGUAUUCCUACAGGGCACAGUUCAUUUGGCUGUUGGAAGCAACAUCUAUGACACAGCAUUAUCAGUAGAAAUUGGUGUUUGGAAUCAAAUCACUAUUGUUUGGGACAGACAUGGAGGAAAUAUUGUUGUCUUCUUGCUUAAUUCCCUAUAUUUACAACGUGAAGAAAUUGACAUCGGAACAACUGUUGCAGUUUUUGCUCCAGGUGGCACUCUUGCUAUCGGACAAUGGCAGCCUUCCCGUGACCCCUCAGUAACCUCCCCUAGUACUGCCAUCUUUGUUGGACAGAUAGAUGAACUACAUGUUUGGCACACGGCAUUCUACUACAGUGACGUUUCAGAAUGGCAUGAUCGGUACGCUGAUGUUGGAACACCAAACAUCGCAGGCUUGUGGCAUUUUGAUGAGGGAGAAGGUCAUGUGAUCUAUGACAUCAUUGGAGGGGCACAUCUUUACAUCUCUGAACAUGCCUGGGUGGCUAACAGACCAAGCUGGUUGUUCUCCUAUGUUCAGAUCACUGUCAUUAUCAACUACGACAGAGAUGUGAUUCUACCAGCCCUUCAAACAGAAAUAAGAGACCAUUGUGAAGCCGUAGUUCUUCAGUCCAGUCUGUCAACAACUUGUGAAGGGAUGGGAGAAGCUUCCCUUCGAUACUAUUACAGUGCCUGUGUGCAGGACUCCACCUUUGUGGGAACCUACUUUGGACCUUUGUCAUCAGUCAUUGCCAUGGCAGAUCAUUGUAAUGCUGCACUACCACAGGUAACAACAUGGCCUGGACAGCACCUGUGCAACAGCUUCCCAACACAUUACUUCCCAACAUGGCAAGGAGAAAACUGCAAUGUGGAAUGCAGAUUUCCCAGCACAACAAGCCAACUGGAUAUCUGCACAUGUGCUGCAGGCUACUGGGGACCAACAUGUACCAACAUUUGCAAGAGCGGAACUAUCAAUGUGUGCAAUGGACAUGGAGUGUGCCGUCAGACAGAUGGAGAGUGUGACUGUGACCUGAACUGGAGAGGUGACCCAGACUGUGGCACUUGUUCUCCUGGAUGGAGAGGCCUUGAUUGCUCAUUGGCGGUGACCACUGUUCCAACAACUGUAACAGCAGCAACCCACCUUUGCUCCAUAUUUGGUAGUGGCUACUACACCCUGUUUGAUGGUUCAAACAUCCCCUUCAGGGAAAGUGGAGAAUUCCAAGUGCUCCAUAAUUCUGACAUCACCAUACAGAUACGGCAGACGCCAUGCAACAACAUUGAUGUCUGCCUUGUUGCUGUUGCUGUAAAUGUUGGCGGCACGACCAGCGUCAUUCAUGCUCCCUACAUCACAGACUCAGACCCAGUUGUGUGGGUGGACAAUGCUCAAGUCAGUGCUGUUGGGGAUAUUGCCAUUGGGAGUGGAAACACAGGAUACACCUUACGAAGAGAAAGUAUGGAAAGAAUAGUAUUGGCAGGCCCCAAUGGCUUUAACAUUGCAUUACUGACACAGGAAACCCACUUCAACAUGGACCUCCAAAUUGGAACAUCAUGGUGUUCAAGUACUUCAGCUCUGUGUGGUCCAUGCUCAUCAGCUCCACACUCUUGCAAUGAUGGAGACACAAUGUGUCUCAUCCAACAUUUUGGACUGGCAGCAUUUUCUUUACAGUUCAGCCUGACACAGACCUUGAUCCAACAGUUUUUCACCCAUUGGCAUGUCACCCCUGACUCAAGUUUCUUUGCUGCUGUUUUGCACCAAUCAACAAUCAUAGGAAUCACACCAGAGCCGGCUGUCCCAACUGGGGCAGGUACAGCACUUUACUUCAAUGGAACCGUGGCAUCAUCCCUUCCUAUACCAAACAACAUCUUUACAUCAACUUCUACUUCUGUACAGUUCCACUUCAACGCAUUCAGUGAUGACUGCACACUUAUCUCAUUUGCACAUGACAACACCUUUGCUGUGACCAUCCAAAGCUCCACCUUGCACUUGCUGUAUGGAUCCAUCACUGUCAGCACAGGAAUCCAGGUGACAUUUCAAGAGUGGAACCGCAUCACAUUGGUCUACUCACAAACUACAGGGCAGUGCGAAAUCUACCUGUUCACCUCCACUGGACACAUGUCCUUCACAAGUGUCUACAUUGGAAUACACGUGUUUGUUUCAGGAGGGACAUUUGCUGUGGGACAUUGGCAGGAAUCUAACUCGGGAUCAGGGAACCCACCUUCUGGAGCCUUCAUUGGUCUCAUUGAUCAGUUUGUAGUGUGGAAUAACUGGCUGAGUCCAACAGCAGUCAUCCAGAGCUGGCAAGCAAAUGUAGCCCAGACAGAUCAUGAUGUUGUCCUGAUUUGGGAUUUCAACGGUGGAUCUGGAUUGGUUGCACAGGACUUCAUCUCUGGGAUUGACUUAGUACUUUCAAGUUAUGAGCCAGCAGUUUGGAUGAACUCUAAUGCUCAAAUAGCAUCAGUUUCUGCUACCGUUCACUUCACAACAUCAAUAACACUGUCCACAACAUCAGUCAUUCAUCAACAGGCUGUUGCUGUUUGUGAGGGGCUUUUCUACUCAGGUGGACUUGCAACACAAUGUGGUACUGCAGACCUGGAAGCUAGUAUUGCUUUCCACCUCUGGGCAUGUGUAAACGACAUACUCUCUACUGGCCAGCUCAACCAGAGUGCUGAAGCUGUGAUUUCUUUUGCAACAGAAUGCCAAGUCACCCUUGACCUACCAUCAUGGCCAGCUCAAGCACUGUGUAAUGAAUUUCCUGACAGAAACUUCCCCAUAUGGAUUGGAGAAACUUGUGAGAAGUCUUGUUACUUUGGUACACCAAGCCCAACAGACAACAGUUGUGUAUGUACUGAAGGAUACUGGGGAGAAUCCUGUGAUAACCUUUGCCCAGGUGGUCCUGACAAUUCUUGUAAUGGCAAUGGAGAAUGUGACAUAGUCACAGGACAGUGUGUGUGCGAGGAGAACUGGCAGGGCGAUGGCGCCUGUGGAUCCUGUACAGAAGGAUGGGGAGGCAGCGAGUGCAGUGUCAUACUGCCACAGCUUCCAGAAGAUCACGCUUUAAUCUGCUCUGCCCACCGGUCAGGCACAAUCAUACAGUACAGCGGAUAUCUGUUCGAGUACAUGGAGAUUGGAGACUUCUACCUGCUGCAAACUGAGGACUUUGAAGUGCAGGUUCGGCAGGUGUCUUGCAUGGCCUUUUACCGACCUUCAGUCUGUGUCCGUGCAGUUGCUGUAUCAUUCAAAGAUUUGUCUCUAAGCAUUCAAUAUACAACAGAAGGUGCACCACUCACCUACAUGAAUGGAGACAUAUUCCAGACAUACGACACAUACACUUUCCCUGCCAGGGGUGGAUGUGGACUUACAGUACAGAGCUAUGGCGGGCGUGGGUACCAAGUGUCCAUUUUGGAUAUCGACUUCAACAUGGAUGUUUGGGUAUCAGCGGGGUACAUGGAUGUGAACAUACAACUUCCCAACAGCCUAUGUUGCAAUGCAUUGAUGAGAGGGCUCUGUGGCAGCUGUGAUCUGUGCACUGGUGGUUCCAACCAAGGUGUCCUACCAUGUGGACUGGCACCAGCAGUCACCACUCCAUCACCUUCAGCACCAACAGCAGCUCCCACCAGCACGUCAGGAACAGUCAGCAUCACCACCUCGGUGUCCCUACAGGAUAUUAUCAACAUGGCAUCUUCAUGUGCAGUGGCAGGAGAAGACAGCGGCUUUGUGACAGAUGACUUCACACCCAACACGAACACUGCUGCCUUGUACUGUCUGUACUUUGAAGGAGGGUCUUCUGCAACUGCCUCAUACCUUGACAUACCUGAGGGACAGUUCACCACCUUGGAGAUGUACAUCAAAACCUGUGGGACAGCUGAGUGUGGAGGCACCAUUUUCUCUUACACCUCGCAGGAAACCCUAUUUGUUUCAACUGCAAGUGGGACACUAUCAAUUCACCAUGGCAAUGAUGCAACAAACUUGGGCCUAGCAUUCGAAGACAACCAGUGGAACCUGCUGACUUUGGUGUGGAGUCAGAGCGACAGAUAUCUCUCUGUGUACCUCACAGACAGUACAGGAAACACAAGAAGGAGAGGUGCUGUGAUCAGUUCAGAUGUCUUCCCACCAGGUGGUACAUUAGCACUUGGUUCAUGGCAGCCAGGCACUGGAGAUGAUGAAGAGCAACCAGACCCUAGUAAACAGUUUGUUGGGUAUAUUGAUGACAUCAGGAUUUGGAACAGGUAUUUCACCAGCAUUUCAAUUGAGGACCAUUGGAACAGAUCUGUUGAGACAACUGAUGCGGAUCUGAUAGCCAUGUGGAAGCUUGAUGAAGGAACAGGUUUCACCACACUAGAUGCUGUUGCAAAUAAAGAGCUGAACUUGCCAACUGCACCCUUCCCAUCACCCUCGUGGCGGGAGUCAGAUGCCCCAGUGCCGUUUGUAUCUCCAUAUGACAUGGGAGUUGCCACUUACACUCAACGGGCAGGUGCCAGGACAAGGCACAGCAGGUCAAGGCGCAGCAAGAGGGACACUAAUGCCAUUCUGCAACAAGUGGAAGUUGAGACUUUCUGUAGAAGUUUGAUUCUUGAAGGCUCCAUAGACAGGUCCUGCAAUCCACUUCCCCAAGCAUUUCUGGAGCGGUUCUUCUACCAAUGUGUAGAUGAUGUCAUAGCAUCUAACUCCCAAAGUGCAGCAAUGGCAUCUGUAUUGGAGUUGGCAGACUACUGUCAAGCAGUGCUAGACCUCAACACCUGGCCUGCACAGCCACUAUGCAAUGAGUUUGGAUAUGAGGUAAAUUUCCCACUGUGGAUAGGGGAGAGAUGUGACAUCAGGUGUGAGUCUGGUACCAGGAACCCACAGGACCCCAACAACUGUGACUGUUACCCAGGAUACUGGGGAUCUGACUGUAGCAAACCUUGUCCAGGAAACACAACCACAGGACCCUGCAAUGGCUUUGGCAAAUGUGAUGCUGGAACUGGUGUCUGCAACUGUCCAACUAACUGGCAAGGCGAUUCAUGUUCAGAGUGCAGUCCAGGUUGGACCGGCAUUGACUGCUCACUAGCUGUCUCAUCAUCCCAGCAUGGACAAACUGCAGUUGCCAAGGUCUUUGGUGCAGGACACAUAACCAACUCUGCUGGUACAAGUUUUCUUUAUCAAGGUGUUGGGGACAGAUAUCUGCUGAUGUCAACAAAUAAGGCCCUAUCCAUUCAAGCAACAUUUGUUGCUUGCUACUUGUCUUACAGCUGCAUCCAGUAUGUGGGAAUUCAGUUUGGAAGUCAGGCUGAUGGUUUUGUAACCUUGCUGGUGUCAGUAUCCCGUGAGGACAAUGGCAGACUGGUAUCCAAAAUCAAUGGACUAGAACAUGCUCUUGACAAUGAUGUUGACUUUGGCCUGUCUGGCUUUACACUCAGAAGGUACUCUUACUUUGAACUAGGCCUUGAAGGACCAAGAAAUGUAAGUGUUACUGUGCGAUCAAACGGAAAGUUCCUGAGUGUUGAUGUCAUGAUACCAAGCAACCUGUGCGACUCAUUCAUCGGUCUUCUGAGUGGUCAUUGUGCUCAACAACCAAGUGAAGCGAUCAAUGAUUUUGCUAAACCAUGGCCUCUGAUAAGUGCUGCUGAUGUAUGUUUGCAAAAUUACACAGUACAGCAACCCAUGCCACUGCUGAAUACUGCAUAUGACCUUGCCUUUGUACCUACCCUCCAGAACAGGACCUGGAAUGAAACAAAUGAGCUCAAUCAAGGUUACCUGCAACAAUAUGGUGACCAUUGGACUGUGCCAAAUUGUGACAAAGUAGCCACUGCUAAACAAGGCAUGACAGGGGGAUACAGCUUGAAAUUUAGCAAUGCUGCCUUGUUUCCUGAAAAGCCUUUCUUGUUCUUAAAGAGCAAUGAUGUAACCAUUGAAGUCAUGAUCAAGUGCAAAAAUGUCAGCAUAUGUGGAACAGUCCUUUCCUAUUCGUCCAGAGAAACACUUUCCUUGAUCAUAAACGAAACCGUUCAGUUACAUCAGGGAAUGCAGACUUUCAAUACUGGUUAUAUACCACCCACAAACCAGUGGAUCAGAAUCACCAUGGUCUAUAAGCAUGAACUGGGAAAGAUCAACAUCUAUAUGUUCAAUAUGAGAGGGAUGGUGAAACGCCAAGAGUAUGACAUACCAACAAGCAUUUUCAACGACGAUGGAACCUUUGCAUUUGGCCAAUGGCAAGCUCCACUAGAUGGUAUCAGUAGACUACCUCAUGAGCCAUUCUUUGGAGAGUUGGAUGACCUCAGAAUCUGGACCAAGGGACUUAGUCCCCCAGUAACCAUGCAGUCCUGGGACUACUCCAUCCCUCCAUCUAGCCUUGGCCUUGCAGCAUACUGGUACUUUGAUGAAGGACAGGGAACAGAAGCAGCAGAAGUCACCUCUGACAGCACCCUAUCUAUGUUGUCCAGUCCUUGGACCUCCCCACAAUGGAGCCAAUCCAACAUGCCAAUUCUGAAACGUUUCGUGGAUCUUUCAAUCGGAGUUGUAGAAUUUGAUAACUAUGACACAAACUUGAAACAGCAAGCAGACACAAUGUGUCAAAACCUAUUGCAGUUGCUAUCCCCUCAUUGUGCAUCCCUUGGAAAUGGACUGCAUCAGUUCUAUCAUUUGGCCUGUCUCAGGGAAGUGUCUACCACAGGUGAUAUCAAUGAGGCCUUGAAGGUCGUCUCCCACUAUGCAGAUCUGUGUCAAUCUUCUCUUGAUCUACAACAAUGGCCAGCAGAGGGCUUAUGUAAUGACCAGGCAUAUAACUUACGACCUGGCACACAAUGUCACAAUGGAUGUCUUUUUGGUGCUAGCAAAGCAGAUCAGUGCACAUGCUAUCCAGGUUACUAUGGUCACGACUGCUCCUCUGCCUGUCCUGGAGGGUCAGACAAUGCCUGCUAUGGACAUGGUGUAUGUCAGCAAACUGGAUUGUGUGUCUGUGAGGAGAACUGGAAAGGAUUGCCGGACUGUAGCUCUUGUAGUGAUGGCUGGAAUGGAACUGACUGCACCAUUGCAGUAAUGCCUUUGAUAACUUCCACUUCUGGAGUAGCCACAGUCACAGCAGCAUCCUACUACACAAACUUCAAUGGUCUUGUGUUCACCUUCCCUGCACUUGGCGAAUUUCAUCUUAUUCAGUCCAACAGAGUUGGUGAGAUCUUCAACCUACAGGUCUAUCAAACUCCAUGCUUCUCAGGUUCAACUUGCACAAGUGCGCUUGGCCUCAAAGUAAAUGAUGCAACCCUAACGAUCAUUGGUUCCAUCGCCAGCAAUGGAAGUCCAAAUGUCUAUAUCAACAGACAACCAACAUCUAUCCUAACAAAUCCAGUUGAAAUAGGUUAUCAAUGGUGGAUCAGCUGCCCAUCGUCAUAUCUGUAUAUCAUAGAAGGACCACUGAUGGAGAUCCAACUCCGAACCAUAGGCCAACAUGUCCAAAUCUCCAUAAAGGCAGAUGUUUCAAUGUGCAGGCAUUUCACAGGGUUGCUUGGCAGCUGCACAGUACAGGAGAUUUAUCCAUCCAUGAUCAUUGAGGAAAUAACACAAGGCUUCAUCAAUGGAGAGCUGUCAGACACUUGGAGAGUCUCCCCAGAAGAGUCUCUGAUCUUACACAACAACUAUACACUACCAAUAUUGUCCGGUGGAGAGUACUGUUUGUCUUUUAACGAUGCAGGUAGUCUCACUCAUCCAAUUUAUGGUGUGUUUGCAAGCAACUCAAGCACUGGAACUCUGUCCGAAGUCACAAUUGAUUUCAUGAUCAAACCUGCUACAUGUGGAGGAACAAUCCUGGCAUAUGCACAUCAGAACACAUUUGCAAUCACUAAUGACUGCCCAAUGAAAAUUUUCUUUGGAAAGAGAGUUGUCAAAACGCAAAUCUACAAUGAGAUAGACGCAUGGAACCAGGUCAGAUUCAUAAUCAAAUUUAACAAGCAAGCAACUGAACUCUACCAUUGGAAGGCUACUGGACAUGUCUCAAGAGAAGAGAUACCCAACAGUGACUUUUCAUUGUUUGUAGAUGGCGGUAUUUUGUCCCUAGGUCAGUGGCAGCCAUCUCCUGAUGCAAGUGAUAAAUUUCCAAACACCACCUUCAAUGGACUCGUAGAAGAAUUUAGGAUCUGGAAACAACGCUUUCAUCCUUCAACAAUUCAGGAGACCACCAAACUCAACCCUGUUGCCCAUGCAUUCUCAGGUGCUUUGUCUGCUCUCUACAAGUUUAAUGAGGGAAGUAGUGACAUAACUCGUGAUCCCGUACACACAAACCACAUCAACCUACCAAAUCCACCAUGGCGACGGCCGCAGUGGACAUUUUCAGAUGCUGAACUUCCUGUUCUUCGCAGGUCUGACGCCCUUCCCCUCAAGAGCAUAUUUGUUGACAAAUCAUUGGAAACACAAGCAAAGACAAUCUGCUCAGUGCUCUUGUUGUCAGAUACUAUCCACCAACACUGUCAGAGCUUAGGAGACAGUGCAUCACAGCUCUUCUAUAUGGCAUGCCUGCAGGACGUGUCAGUAACCAGUGAUAUCACAGCAGCAUUUAGUUCAGCAGUUGCCUUUGCUGAACAUUGUGAUCAGAUCUUAAACACCAGAGGGACAGUUCUUCUAAGCCUUUGUAUCCUUGCUCAAAAUUACACCACACCAAAUUGGUUUGAAGGUACGUGUACAGGCUGUGCUUUCGGUGCUAACAUGAAUGGAGAUUGCCAAUGCCAAAAGGGCUUCUGGGGUCCAAACUGCACAAACGAGUGUCCAGGAAGUGGUCUGACACCUUGUAACAACCAUGGAGUUUGCAGCCAGGAUGGAGCAUGUGCCUGUGAGAUGAACUGGUCUGGAAGUAAUGACUGUGGCACUUGCUCAAAUGGCUGGAUAGGGAGAGACUGCUCUGUAGUCACAUCAACUACGUCCAGCAUAUCCCAGUCAAUCCUUUAUGGGCAAAUCCUAAGCUUUGGUACAUUUACCUUUUUUGAUGGCAUUACCAUUUUCGGACAUCAAGAGGGUUCCUACCUUCUUCUCAGUCAUGUACAAUUCCAAUUUUCCUUGACCAUUCGUGAAGUCAUGUGCGUUGAGGUAUCGGGAAGCAUGUCAUGCUUUGACAGCAUUUACAUCACAUAUGGAGGAACAGAAGUUGUAAUCCUCGCAUCGCUACUGAGCACUGAUGGUGGUAUGAGCCACAUCAUUGUAAACCACCAAACACAACCAGUGGAUCACAUGAUGGUAAUCGCAGAGAAUGUCCAGAUCAGUCGUGAAGAUAGUACAACCUACUUGCUGUCAUUCAUUGACAUUGACGUACACGUAUCACUCGUUGUCCCGAGCGGACACCUCCAUGUGAGUUUAACCGUACCAGCUGCAUUCUGCCAUGAUUCACUGGGCAUGUUUGGAAACUGUGGCAAUUCCACCCUCGAUAAGAUAUUAGCAGCGUCAUGUCUCAAUGAGCCUGUCACCUGCAACCCACAGAUAUCCCAAUCAGCUGUGGACACUUUCCUUGCCGGGUAUGAAGUGCCUUCCUAUAUCAAUGUUACCAAUGUCGAAAAUCUCGUCCCUGUUACUGCAGCAGGUUUCUGCUUAUACUUUGAAGACAGCAUCAUCACCUCCCAGCCUCUCCAUCAAUUUCCCACAACAACUUUCACAUUUGAAAUGCUGGUCAAGCCUGUCUCUUAUGGUGGGACAAUCCUAUCCUACACAACAUCUCAAGUUUUUGCCAUUCUCAACAUUGCAACAGGAAUUGAAAUACACAGUGGUGUAACAGUACACACCACAAGUCUUGUCCUGGAACUUGAAGUGUGGAACCAAAUUGCCUUUGUGUGGCGCCCUGAAUUGAACUUGCUUGAGUUCUACCUUUUCAACGCAGAAGGCCAGGUGAGCAUCAAUGCAUUCUAUCUAGAAGCUGGUGUCUUCAAUGGAGGUGGUACCCUUGCCUUUGGUCAAUGGUAUGCAAGUAGCCCAGACACAGUACCCGAUGCAGCCAUCUCUGUAUUUGUCGGAAUGAUUGAUGAGAUCCGCAUAUGGGAGGGACCAGUCAAUCCAUCCAUUGUUGCAGCAAACUGGGGAGUGAACGUGAGACCAAGAGCCCCGGACCUUGCCAUGCUCUGGUCUCUUAAUGAAGGUAAAGGUGAAAUUGCUGGAGAGUCAGAGACUGGGCAGCAUCUAUACUUCCCAACUUAUAAUCACCCAACCUGGGUUGUCUCUGAUGCUCCCAUCUCAGGAGAAGAGGAUUCCCCAAGUCUUGUUCUAGACCCAUCAAGCACAGAUACUGGCAACUCCUCUUCAAACAGUACAUCUCCAGAAGAUGCUGAUGGAACAUGUAGGGAGUUAAUCUUCUCCAAACCAUUGAGACAAGAGUGCUCUUUGCUUACUAACAGCACAUUUGACACCUUUUACCAGCUUUGUGUCAUGGAAGUAGCUCUAACUGGAGACAAAGAAGUUGCAGAGACUGUUGCUGAAGCCCUGGUUGCCUACUGUGAUAAUGUUCUUGAAGGGACAACUAUUCCUGACAACAUUCUGUGUGGUGACACCUGCCCUGCUGCCUGUGUAUUCGGAGAGCAGCUACAGUCAGAUCCGUCCAUGUGCCAGUGUUUCCAUGGUUACUGGGGUACAGACUGCUCACAUCCUUGUCCAGGAGAAAUCAUCAACACUUGUGGCAAUCAUGGCAUAUGCAAUGCCGACAGCGGAGAAUGUGUUUGUGAAGAAGGAUGGGAUGAAAUCAGUGCUUGCAUACAAUGUGAAGUUGGAUUGGUUGGCUCAGACUGCAGUGUUGCACACCUCAAUACAACAGUAAGGCCAGCAAGUCAACAGACCAGCAGUAUCACCAUUGGAGUUUUCACUGUUUUUGGUUACUUCCAUGUUACAACCUUUGACGGAGCUGCAUUUGAGCUCAUGACAGCUGGUGCCUACUCUGCAUACAUAUUCAAUGGAUUAUCUGUGCAGUUGUACGCAGUACCAUUCCCAGACAUGUGGCAUGUGCAGGUCAUUACUGAAAUAUCAGUAAGCUAUGGAGGUCUCACCAUCUCAGCCUCAUUGUCAUCCGUCACCAGUAAUCAAAUUGUGGUGCAGAAGAAUGAUGGACAAGGAUGGCAGACUGUUGUGGUUGGCACAACAUUUUCCCACCAAAGUGUUACAGUAGAGUGGAUCAGUUCUGACAUAGUGGAAGUAACCUACCAGUCAACUACUGUGUACAUUGUGAUGAUUGCUGACAUUCUAUCUCUGGGUAUUCUUGCACCUAAAGACGAACUUGCCACUGGCUUGUGCGGUCCAUUUGAUGGGAAUCUGAUCAAUGACUUGACUGACCUACCGAUGAAUCCUGUUGAUGUGAUUGCAUUUAUGGACAGCACUCUUUCACAGCCAUACUUGGAAGGAACUCUAGGUCCUGAACACCAGGUUGAUAUACCAGACAACCAUCUACACCUGGUACAAACUACAGUUGGUCUAACCACUGGUUAUCUCCUACAUGUUGACGGCAAUCAUGUCUACAUUGAGAAUAUCGGAGUUAUCGUUCUCCACCAGCUGACAGUUGGAGUGUGGGUCAAGCUUGAUGUCACUACAGCCACGCACACCAUCUAUGUGGUCAGUUCACAAAGAGGGGAGAUCGCCCUGCUUGUUGUCAAUGGCCACCUUGAGAUCUUUUGGCAAGGCCACACUUUCCCAACAACACUUCAGGUGACAACAAGCAUCUGGACAUACAUCUGUGUCACAUGGAGAGAGUUUGAUGGAAGACUAGAGCUGUUGCAAUUCUAUGAAGGUUAUGAGUACAGCUUCUCCCACACAGUUGGAACUGUGGGGCAACUGACGCUCAGUGGUAGCGUAAGCAUUGGACAGUAUGUUGUCGCAGGCAUCACAACACCAGGUAGAGAUUUUGUGGGGGAUGUGGACAACCUUAUGGUGUGGUCUUAUGUCCUUCAUCGAGAAGAAAUCACAGAGGUUCGUACCACAUGCCCAGUGGAGGAGAGGCCUGGACUUGUGUUUAGCCUAACACUGGAUCAGGGACAUGGUGAAGAGUUUUCUGUUGACAUUAACACACCAUCAACAAACUCUAGAACCAGGACCAGCACCCAAGUGGUUUUAGUUCCAUCUGAUUCACCACCAGAAUGGCGACCUUCUGAUGUGCCUGUGAACUGUGACCCUUUUGACAACCCUCCUGACAGAAACAACACUAUCAAAGAUGAGGCAGUGAAUAUUUGUGAUGACCUUUUCUACACUGGUAUACUUGCAACUUACUGCCAAGAUCUGGCAGCUGCUAUGAUGUUCUACCACAGGGCCUGUGUACAUGACGUGUCUGUAAGUGGGGACAUCGGACAUGCAAACGUGUCUGUGAAUAUGUUUGCUCUCCACUGCAAGACCGUGCUCAACUUGGAUGAAUGCAAAUUUGAGAAUUACUUCAACUUCUGUAGGGAAGAAGCUGACUGGGAGUUACCACUGUGGGUCAUCAUACUCAUUGUCAUCGUCGUCUGUCUGAUUGUCUUCAUCUGCUGCCUGUGCUUCAUCCUUUUUGUAAAGAAGAAGAACAAGAAAAGGAAAGCAAACAUGUCUGUUGUUGACCUGGCUUAUGUCAUAAACAACCCUACAUUUGAGGAGCUUGAAUGGGAUGAAGAUGACACUCGGACUGUGCGUGACAAGAAAACAAUAGUGGAGACCACGUCAGUUGCACCGCUGUUGAAACUGCUCCCGGAUCCCCUACGGCAGAGCUGGGUGGGGGAGGAGGGAGAGCCGAGGUUUGGAGAGGAACCGGAGGAAGAUGGCACGUCCAAGAUGGGAAGUAGGAUGAGUCUCAGAGAUGGUGCUUGUGGUACUGAUGAACCUCAUGCAUCAAGUAGUGGGCAAGUACCCAAGAGGAAGAAGCAAAGGAAGAGGAAAAAUGAAGUGGAGGAGCUUUGCCUUCCAGAGCCAAAAGAGCAGACAAGUGGGAAAGUUGUCCUUCCUCCACUUAAGGGUAUGGAAAGAAGUGGAGAGGGGGAUGAUGUCAUCUCAGACAUGAGUGAACCAGCAUUUGGCUCUACAGCUUCUCUUCUGCCACGGGACAGUCCACGUCAGCUCCUUCCCAGUCAGCACCCACCUCUUGGAAAAUCUCCAGUUAUGUUUGAAGAGACUAGAGGGGACAGUGAGUGUGUUCCAUCACCGUUUGUACUGCCUCCACCACUGCCAGCACCUGGGGGGCCAACAAAAUCAACAACCAUCCUCCCCCCUCUAUCUGAUGACAAAGAAGAGAGCAUGAUGAGCCCCAUGAGUAAAGAUGGUACCCAUGAUGCUCCACCUGUAAGACCAAGGAGACGACGGUAUAAGAAGAAAGAGAAAGGGGAGUCUCCUCGGGACCCUACCAUUCAAAUGUGCAAGCCUGUAGGGACAAACGACUUCCCCAGAGCUGCAUCAGAAGAAGGGGAUUUACCAGUGGAGCUUCCGGAGAUACAAAAGGGUCAUCCAAAGAUGCCAUGGAAACGGCCCACAACACCCACAGGCCGCCCAGAAACUCCCAACAGUCGACCUACAAGUGCAACAUCCAGACCCAGGUCGGGGAGAAAGGUAGCACCAGAACCAGCUCUGCCAGCUGGAAGUGAGAGGAGCCCCCGUCAGCUUCCCUCAUCACCCGCAGAAUUCACCUCUAGCUCCAGACCACCACAACCAGCAAAGAUGGUUUCAGCAUGGGAUAUGUCAUCAGACCAGCCGGACAUUGAGAUGGACAACAUCAAAACAACUAAAGAGCAUGCCCUCCCGCCUCUGACAAAGCCACCUGUCCAUGAUAUGUUCUCUCCAUCACCCACAAAGAACCCAACCAGAAGGACAACCUACAGUGGCCCAGUGUUCCAACCUGAUCCACAAUUGUUUGGGGCCAUACCUGAAAAGAAUUCAGAGUCCAGAAAUCUGACCUUUGUUGCUGGGACGUGUGCUCCAAUAUCAGAUGAGGAGGAGCAGGAGGAGGAAAUUAUCAUUCCCAUAGAACAGACUGCUGAGGAGAAAGCUAAAGCAGUGGAGGUAACAACCAGGAAGAUGUCACAGAAGAAUGAGGCUCGCAAGAAAGCCCGCAUGCUGGAAGAUCGCAGCUCGGCAUGGAAAAGCAUCUUACUGCCUCUGGACAGUGACGAGGAACUUGUUUAAAAAGUGGACCAAACAGAGAAUUUGUAAACCUUUUAUUAGCAGUUAAGCAGGUUUUUGUGUGAAAAAGAACAAUGCUACCAAAUUAGUGAUUAAGAUUCCUAUAAAAUGUUAGCCAAACAAAAAAUGUGUGAACUAAUAAUUUGAGUAAAGACCAUUAGAUAUGUAUACACUACAUACAAAAGUUGUACUAAGGCUUUUUGUAUUAAGUUAAUCAUAUACUACUAUAUGUCUGACAAAUGAAUUUAGAAAAAUAGUGAAUAACAAUUCUUUGUUUAUGUCUAUGCAAGGCUUUCUCAAUUCAGCCGAGAGUGAUAUUUGCGUGAAGUGUAUUGCAAACUAGUUAUAGUUUUGUUAAGAAGGAGUGAUAUAUAUGUUAGGAAAUAAGUUUAAGCAGUAAUAGCUUGUGUUUGAUUUAUGGAGAUAGUGAGCUAAACCUAUGCAGUUGCCUUUUGCUGCAUUCAUAGAUAGGCCUAGUAGUUGCAGUGACAAAUUUGUUCUCUUAUGCACACUUUUUUUGCACUUCCAUAUUGUUUGUUGCAUUUGUAGACUGGUCUACAGGAGUAUACUAUACAAAAUUUCGAAUUCAGUUUGUUUCUUAUUAACUGAUUUAUUGGUUGAUUGAUUGUAAUGCAAAUCAUUUUAGCAUAUGUUUGAAUAAACAACAUUUGGGUAAGCCACGAUAGAUGAAUGAUGAAAGUAUUUUACAUUUGUUUUUAAAAUUUCAAAAUAGAUGUCAAGGAUCACUGUUGUUUCAACUAAACCUGCAUCUUCAUUAAAUUGUUUGUAUAAGCUGACA